CCCAGCCUCGCCUCGGGUGGAGGGAAUCAGGACUACUCUGCGUCGGGGGGGAAAUAUUCCGAGGCUCGACCGUUCUCACCUGGAUUUCUGUGUCAGGAUUUUUUCAGGAUAAGGAGACGCAGCGAGUUCUGAGUCCACCGGGCUUCGUCCCAACAGUCCCGGCACUCUUGUGGAGACAAGGGGCUGCCCAUCAUGUCAACACAAGCGCCAACAUUCACGCAGCCGCUACAGAGCGUCGUGGCACUAGAGGGCAGUGCCGCCACGUUCCAGGCUCAAGUCAGCGGUUCUCCAGCUCCUGAGGUGAGCUGGUUCCGUGAUGGUCAGGUUCUUUCAGCCGCCGCUUUGCCCGGCGUUCACAUCUCGUUCAGCGAUGGCUGCGCUGUUCUGAAAAUCCCUGCUGUGACCGCCGCACACAGCGGAAGAUUUUCCAUCAGAGCAACCAACGGUGCUGGACAAGCCACAAGCACAGCUGAACUCCUCGUUACAGCGGAGACGGCGCCACCUAGCUUCCUUCAGAGGUUGCAGAGUUCUACAGUGAGACAGGGCAGCCAGGUGAGGCUGGACGUGCGGGUCACAGGAAUCCCCACACCUGUGGUGAAGUUCUACAGAGAAGGAGCUGAGAUCCAGAGCUCAGCCGACUUCAGGAUCCUGCAGGAGGGCGACCUCUACAGUCUGCUCAUCGCUGAGGCCUUCCCAGAGGAUUCUGGGACGUAUUCUGUGACCGCUACCAACAGCAGUGGACGGGCCACGUCCACCGCCGAACUGCUGGUUCAGGGUGAAGAAGCCGUUCCAGCAAAGAAAACAAAGACCGUGAUUUCAACAUCUCAGAUUUCACAGGCUCGUCAGACCCGAGUGGAAAAGAAGAUGGAGGCCGGUUUCCAGGCAACUGCCAUGAUGGAGAUGCAGGUUGAGGGGGCAGCGCUAGCUCUGCAGCUCGCGCACAAGACUCCGCCCAGAAUCCCUCCCAAACCCAUGUCAAAGUCCCCGACACACCCCUCUCUGAUCACAAAGGUGACCGGAGGACGUCAGCAGUCACCGUCACCUGUUCGACACGUGAAAGCACCCACGCCCACACCUGUCAGGCCGGUCAAGUCCCCCCUCACCAUGCGCCGACAGGUCAUGGUCGGUGCAGACGUUCUGCCGCCGUGGAAACAGGAAGGUUACGUGUCAGAGGUCAGCUACAGCGGCGUGAGCGGCUCCAUCACUCAGCUGAGUCACGAGCAGCGCUGGGAGCAGCAGGUCACUGGGGUCACCGGGGUCACCGGGGUCAAAGAGGCUGUAGGAGGUCAAAGAGCCGGGGCGGUGGCCACCGUAGUGGCCGCCGUUGACCACGCUCGUGUUCGUGUGCCUGUGCAUGGCGAGGGCGAUCAAGCUGAAGAAGAGGAGGAGGAAGCUGUAGAUGCAAAGUUAAAACAGCAGGUUGGGUGGACAACAACAAAAACUCUUACUGUGCAGGAGUUCUCGCCUGAACCACCGCUGCAGCCUCAGAUUCAGAAAUUGACAGAAAUCCGCUCCCAUGAGGACACUGGUCCUGCCUCGUCCUCAGGUCCACAGUUCAUUGUCUCUAAAGUUUCUGUCCCAAAACCUGAGGCUAGCGCUGAGGUGUCCAUCGCUGGCUCGGCCAUUGCUGCUCUUCACAAAGAGUUUUCUGCAUCCACUGUCACCACGAGAAAGAUCAUAAAGCAGGUCAAGUCUCCCAGUCCAAGUCGUAAAGCAGCGGAGGUCCGACUGAUGUCAGAGUCCAUUCCCCCACCGUUCAAAGACUCGUCAGGGAAAUAUCAGAGUCUCAUCGGAGUGGAAGUACAGAGGGGGGCACAUGAGCAAAUACACGAGGAGUGGAGAACCCAGGUGGUGGAGGCAGCAGCCGUAGCUUCAGUCAGCGGUGACAGUGUGGUCCCACCGACGCUGGUGUCAGGUUUGAAAAACACAAAUGUGACAGAAGGCGAGUCGGUGACUCUGGAGUGUCAGAUCAGCGGACACCCGACACCGGUCAUCAUGUGGUUCAGAGAAGACUAUAAGAUAGAGAGCUCAAUUGAUUUCCAGAUCACCUAUGAGAAGGGAUUUGCCCGACUGGUGAUCCGUGAGGCGUUUGCUGAAGACAGUGGACGCUUCACUUGCACCGCCACCAACGAGGCUGGAACCGUCAGCACUUCAUGUUACCUGCUCGUCCAGGUGUCCGAGGACAUCGAGAGCAGAGAGGAGUUUGCUGUCAUCACUGAACAUGAGAAACUUUUAACUGAAGAAUCCAGAGAAGAAACCAUGUCCCAAGUGAGCGUGGCUGAGUCCGACACUGCGGCCGCCGCCCCCUUCUUCAUCAGGACGCCCAGUGUCCAGAAGCUGGUGGAGGGAGCAUGUGUCAUGUUUGAAUGUCAGGUGGGCGGAAGCCCCAAACCACACAUUAUCUGGAAGAAGAGUGGCAUCCCACUCACUACCGGAUACAGGUACAAAGUUGCUUACAAGAAGGAGACUGGAGUGUGCAGUUUGGAGAUCUCCAUGACCUUUGCUGACGACGCUGGAGAAUAUUCUGUGUUUGCCAAGAAUAAGCUGGGAGAAGUCUCCGCCUCCACCAGCCUGAUGGAGGAAGAGGAAUAUGAAGCAUACAUGAAGAAACAAGAAAUGACCUUUAUGACCGAAGUAACGACUGUGGUGCAGGAGCCGACAGUGGGCGACGUCGCCCCAGUCAGUGUCACGACGAUGCAGCACAUGACCACCACUAUUAUCUCAGGACAGGAGUUCCACCUCUCUGCCAUUGAGCAGAGGAUAAUCCAGGAGAUUGAGUUCUCCAUCAUGAAGAUAACCUACAGAGAGCUUGUGACAGAGGACGGAGAGUUGAUGGUGACCGCCACCGCCACAGAGGCCACACAGCCGACCUUCGACACACCUGUCAAAAACUACAGGAUCAUGGAAGGAAUGGGUGUCACGUUCCACUGCAAAAUGUCAGGACUGCCACUCCCCAAGAUCGUUUGGUACAAAGACGGCCAGCGCAUCAGGCCCGGCGACCGUUACCAGAUGGAAGUUCUUCAGGAUGGACGAGCUAGUCUUCGUCUGCCGGUGGUGCAGCCAGAGGAUGAGGGCGUGUACACUGCCUUUGCCACCAACAUGAAAGGAAACACCGUCAGCUCUGGGAAGCUCUACGUGGAGCAGUCUGGAGCUGGAGCUCCUCAGAGAUACACAGCCCAGCCUGCAGUGCAGAGGAUCAGGUCCUCCUCUCCUCGCUCUAUGAGCCGCUCACCUGGUCGCUCUCCCAGUCGCUCUCCUGGGCGUUCUCCCGCUCGCCGGCUUGAUGAGACGGAUGAAGCUCAGCUGGAAAGACUCUACAAACCUGUGUUUGUCUUGAAGCCUUCGUCGUGCAAAUGCUCCGAGGGUCAAACUGCCAGGUUCGACCUGAAGGUCGUUGGCAGACCAAUGCCCGACACAUACUGGUUCCUCAGUGGACAACAAGUGGUCAGCGACAUCACCCACAAGAUUGUGGUUAAAGAGGACGGUACUCAGUCUCUGAUCAUCGCACCGGCAACACCACAGGACUCUGGAGAGUGGACGGUCGUGGCUCAGAACAGAGCCGGGCGUUCUUCACUCUCUGUCACCCUCAGUGUUGAUGCUAAAGAAACCCUGGUGCGACCACAGUUCACUGAAAAGCUGAGGAACUUGAGCGUGAAGCAGGGGACUCUAGUGGAACUUGCUGUUAGAGCCAUUGGAAACCCGCUGCCCGACAUCGUGUGGCUGAAGAACAGCGACAUUAUCACUCCACACAAACAUCCCAACAUUAGGAUUGAAGGAACAAGAGGAGAGGCCAAAUUCCAGAUCCCGUCUGCGGCAGGUGUGGACAGCGCCUGGUACACAGCCACAGCAAUUAACAAGGCAGGCAGAGACACCACCCGCUGCAGAGUCAAUGUGGAGCUGGACUAUGUUGAACCUGAACCAGAGAGGAAGCUCAUCAUUCCCAAAGGAACCUACAAAGCCAAAGAAAUCAGUCCUCCAGAGGUGGAGCCACUCCACCUGCGUUACGGUCAAGAGCAGUGGGAGGAGGGCGACCUUUACGACAAAGAGAAGCAACAGAAACCACUUUUCAAGAAGAAGCUGACCUCUGUUCGCAUGAAGCGUUUCGGUCCAGCUCACUUUGAGUGCAGACUGACUCCGAUUGGUGACCCCACCAUGGUAGUGGAGUGGCUGCAUGACGGCAAACCGCUGGCAGCUGCUAACAGGCUGCGCAUGGUCAAUGAGUUUGGAUACUGCAGCCUUGACUAUGAAGUUGCAUACGCUAGAGACAGUGGUGUCAUCACCUGCAGAGCCGCAAACAAGUUUGGAGUUGACCAGACCUCGGCCACCCUGAUCGUCAAGGAUGAGAAAGGUCUUGUUGAGGAAUCACAGCUUCCUGAAGGCAGGAAGGGGGUGCACAAAAUGGAGGAGAUUGAGCGCCUGGCCCAUGAGGGUCCUACAGGAGUCACUGUUGAAGAAGAAACUGAGAAAAUGAAACCUGAUAUUGUCCUUCUCCCUGAGCCAGUCAAAGUUGUGGAGGGUGAAACAGCCAGAUUCCGCUGCAGAGUCACUGGUUAUCCAUCACCGAAGGUCAACUGGUACCUAAAUGGACAACUUAUCCGCAAAAGUAAAAGGUACAGACUUCGUUAUGAUGGUAUAUAUUACCUGGAAAUCACUGAAAUCAAGUCCUACGACUCAGGAGAAGUCAAAGUGGUGGCUGACAACAACCUGGGCUCCGCAGAGCACACGGUGAAGCUGGAGAUUCAGCAGAAAGAGGACUUUAGGACUCAUCUGCGUCGAGCUCCUGAGGCCAAACCAGCCGUGGCUCAACCUGAACCUGGGAAAGUUUUAUUUGAAGUGGUGAAAGCAGAGAAACCAGCAGAGGACUCUCAGCUUAAAGAAGUAGUCAAGCUCAAGAAAUCCCAGAGAAUUGUUCAUGAGAAAUCCACAGAGGAGUCAGAGGAGCUGAGGAGCAAGUUCAAACGCAGGACGGAGGAAGGCUAUUACGAGUCCAUCACAGCGGUGGAGCUCAAGUCACGCAAGAGGGAUGAAAGCUAUGAGGAUCUGCUGAAGAAGACAAAGGAGGACCUGCUUCACCAUGCCAAGGAGAAGGAGGAGGCUGAGAAGAAGAAAGAGGAGGAGCGUCGCAAGCUGACAGCUAAGGCUCUGAAGCCAGAGAGGGUCAAACUCUCAGCCAGCAUGGAAGCUCCCAAAAUCCUGGAACGCAUCACGAGCCAGACAGUCGCACAAGGAGACGAGGUCAAGUUCAGAGUACGAGUGGUUGGCAGGCCAGAACCCGAUUGCCAGUGGUUCAAAAACGGUGUUCAGCUGGAGAAGUCUGAUCGUAUUUAUUGGUUCUGGCCCGAGGACCAUGUGUGUGAGCUGGUGAUCAGGAACGUUAGUGCAGAAGAUUCUGCCAGCGUCAUGGUCAAAGCUUCAAACAAAGCUGGAGAAACUUCAAGCCACGCUUUUCUGCUGGUGCAAGCAAAACAAGUCAUCAGCUUCACGCAAAAGCUGGAGGAUGUCAACGCCAAAGAGAAGGACACCAUGGCAACCUUUGAGUGUGAGACCAACGAGCCUUUCGUCAAAGUCAAAUGGCUGAAGGACAACAUGGAGAUCUUCUCUGGAGACAAAUACAGGAUGCACUCGGAUAGAAAGGUUCACUUCCUGUCGGUGCUGGUGAUCGGCAUGAGGGAUGAUGCAGAAUAUACAUGUGUAGUCAUUGACGACGAUGUCAGAACAAGUGCCAGGCUCAAUGUGGAAGGAGCUCCCCUGGAGAUCCUGGAACGGCUGGAGAACACCGAGGUGCCGGAGUCGUACUCUGGAGAGUUUGAGUGUCUGGUUUCCCGUGAGGAUGCGGAGGGAAGCUGGUUCUUUGGAGAAAAGUGUCUCUCUCCCAGCAGCAAAUACGUCAUGUUGUCCCGUCGUGGACGACACUCCCUGACUGUAAAAGACGUCAAGAAAGAGGACCAGGGAAAAUACACCUUCAAAGUGGGCGAGUUCAAGACGAGUGCCUCACUCAAGAUGAAACUGCGUCCAGUGACCCUGAUGCAGCCUUUGACCGACCUGACGGUCUGCGAGGGUGACAUCGCUCAGAUGGAGGUCAAGUUCUCUCAGGAGAAUGUUGAAGGUAACUGGAUGAAGAGCGGGCAGCAGAUCACAGCCUCAAGCCGUGUCCACGUCGUCAUAGACAAACAGAGCCACAAACUCCUGAUCGAAGACACAAGCAAGGACGACUGUGGAACUUAUUCAUUUGUUGUUCCCACUCAUGAGAUCUCAACCUCAGCAAAGCUGCUCGUUCAGACGAUUGGUGUGGUGAUCCCACUGAAGGACAUGAGUGUUGUUGAGGGGACAAAGGCUGUGCUGGAGACAAAGAUCUCUGCUCAGGACAUCAGCUCAGUCAAAUGGUACCAAAAUGACCAGCUGCUGAUUCCCAGUGACCGAGUCCAGAUGGUGGCAAAGGGAGUUAAGCAGCGUUUGGUGUUGACCAGGACGUUCGCCUCCGACGAAGGCUCCUACAAACUGAUCGUUGGCCGAGCCGAGACCCGCUGCAGGUUAACUGUUCAGACUGUUCAGAUUGUGAUGCCAAUUAAGGACAAGGAAUGCUCAGAGUCAGACAACGUCAUCUUCGAGGCUGAGGUGUCUCACCCGGGUAUUGAUGCUUUCUGGACCUUCAAGCAGCAGCCACUCAAAGCUGGUGGCAAGUAUAAGAUGGAAUCUAAGAACAAGCGCCACACUCUGACGGUCAUGAAUGCCAUGAAAGACGAGGAAGGCGAGUACAUGUUCGCCGCUGGUGAGAAGACGUGCAGUGCGUCGCUCACUGUAACAGGUGGCGCUAUCAAAAAGCCCCUGCGGGAUAUGGUGGUGGCUGACUCCCAGACUUCUGUGCUGGAGUGUGAGGUCUCUAACCCGACUGCAGAGGGUAACUGGCUGAAAGAUGGAAAGCCUGUUGACAUCAGCGAGAACGUGGUGAGCGAGGUGGACGGCACCGUCAGACGCCUCGUCAUCAUCAUCACCAAAGCCACCGACAUCGGAGAGUACACUUAUCAGGUGGCCUCCUCCAAGACCUCCGCCACCCUAAAGGUUGAGGCUGUGAAGGUGAAAAAGACUCUGAAGAACCAGAAUGUGGUUGAGACCCAGGAUGCCAUGUUCAUCUUGGAGCUGACCCACGAAAAUGUGAGGGGAGCGCAGUGGAUCAGAAAUGGAGUGGAAAUCCAGCCCAGUGAUAAAUGUGAGAUUACCAUCGAAGGCACUGUCCACACCCUGAAGAUCAACAACUGCAACACACAGGACGAGUCGGUCUACUCCUUCAAACUGGGCAAACUUUCAGCCAAUGCCAGGCUGAACGUUGAAACGAUCAAGAUCCUGAAGAAGCCAAAAGAUGUGACAUCACUUCUGGGUGCUAGUGCUACGUUUGAUGUCAGUAUCUCAGAGGAAAAUAUUCCUGUGAAAUGGAUGUUCAACAAAACGGAGCUGAUGCCAAAUGAGCACUACAUGAUGAUCUCUGAGAAGAAGAACCACAAACUCAUCAUCCAGGAAGUGGACAGCAGCAAAGAGGGCGAGUACACUGUGCAGGUCGGACACCUGCAGUGCAGUGCUCGUCUCUUUGUGGAGUCACUGAAAGUCACCAGGUCCAUGAAGGACGUGGAGGUGCCAGAGACCCAGGUGGCCCUGUUCGAGUGUGAAGUGUCUCACUUUAACAUCCCGUCCACAUGGUUGAAGGAUGGAGUAGAGAUCGAGAUGAGUGAGAAGUUCAGGGUUGAAGUUCAGGGAAAAGUACAUCAGCUGAGGAUCGUGAACGCGAGCAAGAACGACUCUGGAGAGUACACCUUUGUCUGUGGGAGUGACCGCGUCUCGGCCACGCUCACUGUCAGCCCUAUUUUGAUCACGAUGAUGCUGCAGGACCUGAACGCGCAGGAGAAGGACUCGGUCACAUUUGAAGUGAACGUUAACUAUGAGGGAAUCACUUACAAAUGGCUGAAGAACGGCGCAGAGAUACGGUCCACAGACCGCUGCCAGGCUCGCUGCAAACAGCUCACACACACUCUGAGCCUCAGGAACGUCCACUUUGGAGACAGCGCCGAGUACACCUUUAUGGCCGGGUCCGCAGUCACCAGCGCCAAACUCGACGUGGAGGCUCGUGUGGUUGAGUUCACCAAAAAUCUGAAGGACCUGAAGAUCACAGAGAAGAAGAGGGCAACGUUUGAGUGUGAGGUUUCUGAGCCCAACGUCCAGGUGAUGUGGAUGAAGGACGGUCAGGAGCUGGAGAUGUCCGACAGAUAUAAAAUGAGCUCCGAUAAAUUUGUGCACCGUCUGGUUCUGCCGUCCGUCCGUCUGUCUGACGCCGGAGAGUUCACCGCUGUGGCCGGGUCCAGCAUGUCCAAGGGACACCUGAGUGUCGAGGGACGGGACAUUAAAAUUUCUGCUCCUGUUAGCAGAAACAUCACUGUGAUUGAGAAACACAGAGCAACGUUUGAGUUUGAAGUGGACGAGGACGAUGUGGACGGUCACUGGAUGAGAAAUGGCGUGGAGAUCCAGAUCACAGAAGAGGAACGGUUCAGCUACGCUGUCAUCAGGAAACUGCACCGUCUCACCAUUUCUGAGACGUACAGAAGCGACGCCGGAGAGUUCACCUUCUUAGCCGGGAAAAACAGGAGCACCAUCAACCUGCAUGUCAAAUUGCCAGAACCUCCUGAGAUUGUACGACAGAUGACACCACAGACAGCGAUGUCCGGCCGGUCAGCACGGUUCUCCGUGCAGGUGACUGGACUCCCUCAGCCUCAGGUUUCCUGGUACAAAGACUCUGAGGUUCUGGUCAUCACCGACAAAAUCAAGUUCCUCCACGAUGGCAGCGAACACACGCUGCUGCUGCUGGAGGUCUUUGUGGAUGACUCCGCCGUGUACAGCUGCCAGGCCAAAAAUGACUUUGGAGAAGCGACAAGCUCCGCCUCUCUCACUGUGGAAGUCCCUGAAGUGGUGGAAACCAUGGCUCCGGUCUUGGCUCCAGUCCUCAUCAGUCCACUGCAGAAUGUCCUGGUCUCUGAGGGAAGCCCUGCGCAUUUCCAGUGCAGUGUCUCUGGAGAAGAUGUGCAGGUUUCCUGGUUCUGUAAACACCGGGAGCUCAAACAUUCAAAAAUCUUCACCAUGUCUCGCGUUGACGACGUCUGCCGUUUGGACAUUUCUAAAGUUCUCCCUGAUCACGAGGGUGAAUAUUCAUGUGUUGCCGCUAACUCGGCAGGAAUGGUGACGUGUGCGGCAGCGUUGCAUCUCGACGUAACUGAAGUGGGAAAAGAACCUGAGAUUCAGGUCCAGGACAAAGUCAAAGUGAAACCUGUGUUCAGACACAGGAUUGAACCUGUGGAGGUCAACAUCGGCCAUCACGCCAAGUUUGAGUGUGAAACCGAGGACGCUCCAAACGUGAGCUUCAAGUGGUUCAAAGAUGGAAACCCCAUCAAAGAGGGCGACAAAUACCGUAUUAUCAGUCGCUUCAGCACUUCUUCACUUGAUCUUUUGACACCAACCAAGGAGGACAGUGGUGAAUACACCUGCAAGGCGUCCAACCAGCACGGCAGCGAUGAAUGCUCUGCUUCCCUCAUUGUGACAGAAAAAUAUCCUCCUGCCUUUGUGAGUAAACCUGACCCUCAGACUGUGUUUGUGGGUAAGAGGGCAGUGAUUCAGUGUGUCAUAAUGGGAUCAGCUCCUCUGAACAUUGUCUGGCUCAAAGACAACGAGGCCUUGUCUAAAGAGCUGAAACGCUACCAAACCUCUUGUGAAAAGAACAAACACACUCUUGAGAUCAGUGAGCUGGAGGCAGCUGACAGGGGGCUCUAUGUCUGCAGAGCAUCUAACGAUGUUGGGACUGAUGAGUGCAGCACGGAGCUGCGUGUUAUUGAUAAGCCCAACUUUGUGAAGCCCCUGGGUCCUGUAGCCGCUGUGGUCGGCACUCCCCUGCACCUGGAGUGUCAGGUGGAUGAGGACACAGGAGUGAGUGUGACAUGGACCAGAGAUGGACGGAAAGUCCACCAGUCUCCCGACUGUAAACUGUCCUUCGAGAAUAAGAUGGUCACCCUCGAUAUUCUUAAGACCACACUGAGGGAUUGUGGAAAUUUUGUGUGUACAGUGACGAAUGAAGCCGGGAGUGCGACAUGCUCCACUCUGGUGAAGGUUCAAGAGCCGCCAGUCUUUGUAAAGAGGCUGGAGGGCACCACUGUGUGGAGACAGGGCAGUACUGUACGGCUGCAGUGCUCUGUCAAAGGUUCCCCCGAACUUCAUACCACUUGGUUCUUUAAUAACAGCGAGCUGUCAGCAGGGGGCAGACAUGGCAUCAGUCUGAAGGAGGGCGUUGCCACUAUUGAGAUUCAGGAAGUCACUCUGAGUGACAGUGGAAAUUACACCUGUGAGGUUCUCAAUGAGUCUGGCUGUGAAAGUUGCAGCACUAAAGCCACGGUCAAAGCACCACCGUCUUUCAAAAAGGAGUUAGCAUCCGUGGAGGUGGUCAGAGGAUCUGUGGCCGUGCUGGAGUGUGAACUCGCAGGUUCCACACCAUUUGAGGUUUCCUGGAAAAAGAAUAAGAAGCGUCUGUCCACAGAUAAGAAGUUCAGGAUAGUGUCGCAGGGUUUCCUGACUUCUCUGGAGAUCCACUCAUUUGAGAGCGCCGACGCUGGCGAAUAUGAGUGCGUCGUGUCCAACGAGGUUGGCUCGGUCAAUUCAAAGUCUGUGGCCAAACUGAAAGAACCACCAGUAUUUUCAAAGAGGAUCGAGAGCGCCACCGCAGUGUUGGGAAACACAGUGAAGCUGCAGGGAACUCUGAAGGGCUCAGCUCCCAUCACUGUGAAAUGGAUGAAAGACUCUGAGCUGCUCAGGGACGACGAUCCAAACGUUCACAUGACCUUUGAAAACAAUGUUGCCUGCAUUUCCUUUUCCUGUGUUGAGAUCAAACAUGGAGGAAAGUUCACGUGCCUCGCUGAGAACGAGGCAGGGCAACAGAAAUGUGAAGCUGUGUUAACAGUUCAAGAACCAGCCAGGAUCUUAGAGAAAGCAGAGUCCAUCAGUGUGACUGCCGGAGAGUCCGCCACUUUGGGGUGCACGAUUUCAGGAAGUCCAGAACUGAAAGUAAAGUGGUUUAAAGAUGGAAGGGAGAUGAUCAGCGGCCGUAAAUAUAAGAUGAUGGUGAAGGAAAACAUGGCCAUUUUAAAGAUCCUCUCAGCAGAUAAAGGAGACACGUCACAAUACAAGAUGGAGGUUUCCAAUAAAGUGGGCAAAGACGAGUGCACCUGCUCCGUCACUGUUAUAGAUCGCGCAGUUCCACCGUCCUUCACCAAAAGUCUGAAGAAAGUGGACGCAAACAUAGGCACUAACGUUACCCUGCAGUGCCGCAUCUCCGGCUCUCAGCCAAUGCUUGUUUGUUGGUUCAAAGAUGACAAAGAAAUUCAUAGCAAUGACAAAUAUCAGGUGGAUUUCAGUGAGAGCACCGCUUCUGUGGUGAUCAUCAGCCUGAACCAGAGUGACGGAGGAGUUUAUACAUGUCGAGCCUCUAAUGAUGCUGGCGAGAAGGAGACCAGUGGUUCUUUGUCCAUCAAAGAACCUCCAGCCUUUACGGUGAAGCCUGAGUCCCAGGACACUUCACCAGGUUCCAACAUUGUCCUAAAAUCAGCCUUCACUGGAUCAGCUCCUCUGGUCAUUAAGUGGUUCAAAGAGGAGAAAGAGAUUUUCACUGGAGGAAAGUGUUUGAUAAAGAAAGAAUCUUCAUCCAGCUCUUUGGAGCUUCACUCUUUGAAAUCCAGUGAUUCUGGUAAAUACACAUGUCAAGUGUCCAACAAUGCCGGGAAGGUGGACUGCACCGCGGUGCUCUUUGUGAAAGAAGCUCCAAAAUUUACGAUGACGCUUGAGCCGUCAAUGUUGCUGAAAAGUGUACAGCCUCUAAAGCUGUCGUGUAAAGUGCAGGGAACACCUGUGAUCACGAUAAUGUGGUUGAAAAAUGGCUCUGAAAUCACGCAUGACCACAGACAUGUGACGUCUUUCGAUGGCUCAGUGGCAUCUCUGGAGGUAGAAGACUGUUCUGUAGAAGACAGCGGACAGUAUGUGUGUGUGGCCUCCAGCGAGGCCGGCAGAGACGAGUGCAGCAGCUCGGUGACCGUCAGAGAGCCUCCAGUGUUUGUGAGGCCUUUCGAAUCAGCAGAGCUUAUGAAGGGAUCUGGUCUUAUCUUGGAAGGAACUGUUUCAGGUUCUGUUCCUUUUGAACUCAGUGUUUUCCUCAACGAUAAACUGAUCAGAAAUGACAAAAAGCACAAAAUCAGCCUGGAAAAUGACACAGUCACUGUUGAGGUGUUGGACUGUGAUAGUGGAGAUGCUGGGACAUAUCAGUGCUCAGUUGUGAACGAUGUCGGAGAGACGUCUUGUUCUUGCCAGAUUUCACUGAAAGAACCACCAUCAUUUGUUCAGAGACUCGAGGACAUGUCCAUUAUUGUGGGCUCUGAGGUCUCUAUGAGGUGCAUGUUGUCUGGGUCACUGCCCAUGACUUUCUCCUGGAUGAAGGACGAUCAUGAGCUCACGGAGGACGAGCAUUUUAAAAUGUCCUUUGAUGCCACGAGUGCCGUGUUGACUUUGAAAGAUGCUCAGUUGUUACAUGGAGGCAAAUAUGUGUGUCAGGCGCAGAACCGAGCCGGGACCCAGCAAAGCACUGCCACGCUUGCAGUCACAGAACCUCCUCAGUUUGUCCUCAAACUGCCUCCCACCAUCUUCGUGAAGCAGGGUGAGGGACACCGUUUUGAGUGUAAGCUAAAGAGCUCACGCUCCGUCAAUGUGAGCUGGUACAAAAAUGACCAACAGUUAAACGAUGGAGGAAACUAUAAAAUACUGCUCGUCGACUCCACGCUGCACCUGCAGCUGCUCACCACACGGUUUGAGGAUAACGGAGUCUACAGCUGUGAGGCCCGUAAUCUUGCUGGCUGCACGAGCUGCAGCAGCGUUCUCACAGUCCAAGAGUCUCCGUCUUUUACUAAAACUCCGAGCCCAGUGGAGGGCGUCACAGGCAAAGAUGGCAGCCUUCACUGUGAGAUGUAUGGAACUCCACCUCUAAAGAUCAGCUGGUACAAAAACAAAAGCCCCUUAAAGGAGAGCAGAAAAUAUAAGAUGGUCAGUGAAGGCAACUCUGCUACACUGCACAUCCUGAGACUGGAGCAGGACGACGCCGGCCAGUAUGAAUGCUGGGUCUCAAACCAUGUUGGAAGAAAUUCUUGCCAAACCACCGUCACUAUUAAAGAACAACCAGCAUUUGUCCAGAAGCUGGUUGACCAGUCAGUGAGAGUUGGCGAGCAGCUCAUACUCACAGCAACAGUAAAAGGCUCCGAGCCACUGACUGUGUCCUGGGUUCAGGACAAAGAUCACAUUCUCAGAGAUGGCGACAACAGGAGGAUCACGUUUGAUAACGACGUGGUCACCCUGGUUGUUCCUCAGGUCGACUCCACCACAGGUGGUAAAUACAUCUGCCAGCUCAAGAACGACUCUGGUGUCGCGGAGUCUGUCUCCCAAGUCACAGUUCUAGAACCCGCUGCAGUUGUGGAUAGCCCAGACUCUUUGAGUGUGAUGUCAGGAGAAAAUGUGACUCUAGAAGUCAGAGUUUCUGGUUCUCCAGAACUGAAAUGUAAGUGGUUUAAGGACAACAAAGAGAUCUCUGUUGGUGCCAAGUGCCAGAUGUCCUUGACAAAGAAGGUCGCCACCCUGAAGCUUCGCUCUGCUGACAAACCCGAUGCUGGAGAAUAUAAAUUUGAGGUUUCAAACCAUGUUGGUGCAGCCACAUGUGUAACUCAGCUCGUUGUCUCAGAUAAGUUGAUACCUCCGAGUUUCAUAAGGAAGCUAAGAGACGCUCACCUGGUUGCGGGUAAGCCUGGUGAGAUGGAGUGUAAGGUUACUGGCUCAGCACCUUUAACUACUUCCUGGUUCCACGACGGCCAGGAGAUCCAAAGUGGACCAAACUAUGACAUCAGCUGUUCUGAUAACAGCUGCAAACUGAAACUUCUGACUAUAACAAUGUCAGAUUCAGGUAAAUACACCUGUAAAGCUGUGAAUGCUGCAGGAGCCAGUGAAACCAGUGCAUCCAUGAAAGUCACAGAACCUCCGUCUUUUGUGGACAAACCCAAAGCGGAGGAAACAUUGCCAGGCAACAAUGUGUCUUUCUUAGCCAAAGUGAGAGGCAGCUCCCCCCUGAGGGUGAAAUGGUUCAGAGGAGCCAAAGAAGUGCAGCAUGGACGACGCUAUGAGAUCAGCUUGAAGAACAAUGUAGCCACAUUGGUUCUUCUUGGAGUUGAACCAGCGCAGGCAGGAGAGUACACCUGCCAGAUCAUUAAUGAUGCAGGGAAGGAAAGCUGCGAAGUUUACCUGUUUGUCAAAGAACCUGCCCGCUUUGUGAAGAAGCUUCGGGAUGUUUCCUGUGAGAAGGGAAAGCCACUGAGGCUGGAGGUCACGUUCAGUGGAAGCCCCAUCGUCAAUGUGUCCUGGAGGAAGGACGGUCAAGUCGUCUGGACUUCGUAUCAAUACAAUGUGAUCACCACUGACUCCUCCUGUAUCCUGGAGGUUCUUAACUCUGACAGUUUGGAUGCGGCAGGUAGAUAUUCUUGCGAAGUCAACAAUGGAUUUGGAAGCGACAAAUGUGACGCUCAAGUGUCCAUUCUAGAACGACCGUACUUUGUUGAACACAUGGAGCCAGUGGAGCUAACGGCAGGCGACCCUCUUACGCUGAAAUGUCGCAUAGCUGGAACUCCUGACAUUUCCACAGCUUGGUUCAAAGCUGACGGAAAAUUGCGCAGGUCUGACAUUUGCUCCAUGGAGUUUGCAGAUGGCGUCGCAUCUUUGCAUCUUCUCACAACCACCAAGCUCAAUCAUGGCGAGUACGUCUGCAAGGCCGAGAACCGGGUCGGUUCUGCUGCCACCAGCUGUGACGUGACAGUGAAAGAACCUGUGCACUUUAUCAAGAAGCUGGACAACACAACUUUCAUAGUCGGUCAGCCACUGAAACUAGUCUGCACGUACGCCGGGAGCCAACAGGUCUAUGUCACAUGGAAGAAAGACAACAAGCUGAUUUGGGCGUCUUAUCAGUAUAACGUUAGAACCACUGAUUCCACCUGCUCUCUGGACAUCCUGAAUAGCGACAGACCCGACGCAGCUGGAACGUACACUUGCGAAAUUUCCAACAAAGUUGGAAGUGACGUCUGCCACGCUCGUGUCAGCCUAGAACCUGUACGAUUUGUCAAGAAACUGGAGGACGUCUGCCAUGAAGUGGGCAAACCGCUGAAGCUGGAAUGCUCGUACACGGGCAGUCAGCGAGUCAACGUCACUUGGAAGAAAGACGAUAAGCUCAUUUGGGCGUCGUACCAGUACAACGUCAAGACCAGCGAGUCCUCCUGCGCUCUGGAUGUCCUCAACAGUGACAGAGAGGCUGCGGCGGGAAAAUACACGUGUGAAAUUUCCAAUGCAGGAGGAAGCGACGUCUGUCACGCUCAUGUUAAAAUAGAACGCAAAGUUGCUCCAAACUUCACUAAGAAGCCAUCAGAGUCCAUGACGGAGUCCGUGGGUAAGAUGGUGAAGAUGGAGGGUCGGGUGUCUGGCUCGCAGCCGUUGAGCAUCACCUGGUACAAGGACAACGUGGAAAUUCACGCCUCUGACAAGUACGACAUCAGCCUUAAGAACAAUGUUGCUGUACUCUGCAUCAGAGACUCCACUGGCUCUGACAGAGGCGCGUACACCUGUGAGGCAUCCAACGAAGCUGGCAAAGCUUCAUGUCGGGUUUCCCUCUCCAUCUCAGAAACCGGACAACCUCCCAAAUUCGACACCCUUCUGGAGCCACUGACUGUGAGUGAGGGGGAGAAGCUGAGUCUCAAAUGUCACGUCAGUGGUUCUGCUCCACUGAACAUCCAGUGGAUGAAGGACCGGAGGGAACUGAAGUCCAGUGCAAAUACCAGGAUCACAUUUGUUGGAGGGACGGCUUGUCUUGAGAUCAGCGCCGCUUCCAAGUCUGAUGCAGGAGAUUAUCUGUGCAAGGCGAGCAACGCGAGUGGCAGUGACUUCUGCAAGUCUAAAGUCACUGUUCAAGACAAAGGAGCCGCCCCUGCUGCUGCUGUCCUCACCCCUGCUGCUGCUGUCCCCGCCCCUGUUGCUGCUUUCCCCGCCCCUGCUCCUGCUGUCCCCGCAGCUGCACCAGUCAAAAAACUUGACAAUUUAUUCUUCAUCGAGGAACCAAAAAAUGUUUCCGUCACAGAGAAGGGAACGGCAACCUUCAUCGCUAAAAUCUGCGGUGACCCAAUCCCAAGCGUGAAGUGGAUGAAGGGCAAAUGGAGGCAGAUCACAGCCGGAGGUCGUAUUUCCAUUGUGCACAAGGGGCAGGACGCUAAACUGGAGAUCAGAGAGGUGACCAAGUCCGACGCUGGUAACUACAGAUGUGUUGCUACCAAUAAACAUGGGGAGAUCGAGUGUGGCGCUGAGAUGGAAGUUUCCAAAAAGGAGGCAGUUGAAGAAAUUGGAGAUUUGAGGACGAGGCUGAAGAAAACACCUUCAAAGCAGAAAAGCCCCAAGAAAGAGCAGGAGGUCAAUAUUGUGGAGCUGCUCAGAGGUCGUGAGCCCAAAGAGUACGAGAAAAUCCUUCAGGAUCACGGAAUCCACGACUACCGUGCGAUCCUGCAGGCCAUCGAGUUCCUGAAGAGGGAGAAGGAGAUGGAGACGGGAGUUGUGGAGGUGGAACAUGGAGGUCGGGUUGAAGAGGAGGACAUGGCCCGACUGAUACAGCAGCUGGAAGGACGUGUCACCACUGAGCCUGUCUCUGUCAUGGAGGACAUCACAGACCAGACCACGGCUGAGAACCAGACUGCCACCUUUGAGUGCCAGAUCCGGAUCAACUACCCAGAGAUCUCUCUGACCUGGUACAAGGGGACACAGAAACUGGACAACAGUGACAAGUAUGACAUCAGCAGUGACGGCGAGCGCCAUUAUCUGAGGAUCAACAACUGCCAGGUCAAAGAUCAGGGCAACUAUCGUGUGGUGUGUGGUCCUCACAUCUCCAAUGCCAAACUCAGUGUCUCAGCAGAAGAGAAAAAACAUGUAGAAGAAGAAAUCAUAGAGAGGAAAGAGUUCAGGAUCACAGAAGAAGUUUCUGAAGCUGCUGAAAUUUUAAGGCGUGAGGAAGAGAAAUGUGCCGAGGCUGCAGCUCGACGUCCGGCUCCAGAAGCUGUAGUGAAGAAGCUGCAGCCUGAUGUCACUGACGCUGCACGCCAGAGGGAAGAAGAAGCUCCACCCCCUGAAGAACGGUGUUACACUGAACCAGAACCUGAAGUGGUUCGCAGACAGGUCCCUGCUGAACCUCAUCCACCCAAAACAGCAGAGCCAGAACCAAAACCUGCUGCUCCUGGACUCAAAGAGGUUGAACUGAAGCCUGAGGACGCUUCUAGACCCAGAGCACCACAACCGUCAAAGUCUGAAGAACCUGUCAUUCUGCCAAAGACCACCAAGGUUCCUCCUCCAUCACAGGAACGUGUUCCUGCCACAGCCCAAGAUGUGACCAAACCAGAAGGACCUGCACCACCUCCUGCUCCUGCUGUUCCAUCUGAAGUUGUCUUAGAAACAAAGACACCCGACAUGUCCAGAAAACCACGUCUGACCCCAGAUAAACCUGAACCACCAACCUACAUCCCGGAACCAAAACCAAAAGAACCAGAGGUUCAAGACGAAACAAAGAAGGUUACCCGAGUGCCGAAGAAGGUUCCAGAAACAAAGAAAAAAGUUCCAGAAGAAGCAGAAACAUUUGUGGAGGAAAUAAAGAAGGCUCCAGAAGAAACAAAGAAGGUUCCAGAAACACCAAUAAAGAUUCCAGAAGAACCAAAGAUAGUUCAGGUAGAAACAAAGAAGGUUCGUGAAGCUGAAAAAACGAUCCCAGAGGUACGGAUGAAGGUUUCAGAAAAACCAAGGAAGACAGAAGAACCACCAAAACAAGUUCAGGCUUCAAAGCAACAGCAACAAGUGUCUCAUCCAGAGGAGAAGAAACCAUCUCUGCCUGCGCCAAAACCUUCUGCUCCUGCAGCUCCUGCUGCUCCUGUUGCUCCUGCUGCUCCUACUGCUCCUGCAGCUCCUGCAGCUCCUGCAGAGAAAGUAGCUCCCCCUGCAGUGUCUCAUCCAGAGGAGAAGAAACCCUCUGUACCUAAGCCAAAACCUUCAACUCCUGCAGCUCCUGCUGCUCCUGCUGAGAAAGUGUCUCCUCCUGCAGUGUCUCGUCCAGAGGAGAAACCAUCUGUACCUACACCAAAACCUUCAGCUCUUGCUGCUCCUGCAGAGAAAGUGUCUCCCCCAGCAGUGUCUCGUCCAGAGGAGAAGAAACCCUCUGUACCUACACCAAAACCUUCAGCUCCUGCUGCUCCUGCUGCUCCUGCUGCUCCUGCACAGAAAGUAGCUCCCCCUGCAGUGUCUCAGGAGGAGAAGAAACCAUCUGUACCUACACCAAAACCUUCAGCUCCUGCUCCUCAUGCACAGAAAGUGUCUCCCCCUGCAGAGUCUCGUCCAGAAGAGAAAAAACCCUCUGUACCUACACCAAAACCUUCAGCUCAUGCUGCUCCUGCUACUCCUGCAGAGAAAGUAGCGCACCCUGCAGUGUCUCCGUUAGAGGAGAAGAAACCAUCUGUGCCUACACUGAAACCUUCAGCUCCUGCUCCGGCUGCUCCGGCUGCUCCAGCUCCUCUUGCAGAGAAAGUGUCGCCCCCUGCAGUGUCUCCUCCAGAGCAGUUGAAGGAGCCUUCACCUCGCUUUACUGCUCCUACAGAGAAAGUGUCGCCCCCCGCAGUGGAGAAGAAACCACCUACUCCAGUGUCAGAGCCUCCAGCUCCUGCUGCUCCCCCUGCAGUUUCUCCUCCUGAAGAAAAGAAACCAUCUCAAGUGAAACCAAAGCCUGAUGCAGAAAAGGCUAAGCUUCCUGCAGCUCAAGUUGCACCAGUGGAGAAGAAACCAUCUCCUCUGGUUGAAAUGGCUAAACCAUCUCCUGUGUUUGAGGAAAUUGUUGCACCUGAAGACAUGGAGCCAGUUUCAGCACCUGGACCAACUAAAGUGACACCUCUUACGCGAAAGGGUAAAGUUCCAGUUCAGGAAACAAAAACACCUGAUUUACCUAAACAGAAGAGCAAAUUCACCAGAAUACCCCAAGGGAAGGAACCAGAACCAGAAACGGUCAAGUUGAAGAAGGUACCAGUAAAACCUCUGGAGCCUGAGAGGCAAGUUGUAACCCAUAAAGCGGAAGUGGUGAGGCAUCACGAUCCAGAACUUAUGGUUCACAGACUUCAUGACAGAGAGGAUCGAGAGAUCAUAACACUUGGCAGAACCGAUCGAGUCUACACUGCAGAGGAAGAGACAGUUGCAUUAGGGCAGUUAGAGGAACCUGACAGGGUUGUGGCUGUUCAUAAAAAAGAGGAAGAAGGUUGGACAAGAACUCCAAAAUCAGAGAGAGAGGGGAAACCUGAGGGGGCAAGUGUGGACAAGAAGAAAAUAACUAAACUGCCAAAGGCAGAUGAGCAGAUAGAAUCUGUUAAACUGAAGCCAUUUAAAAAAUCUGACAAAGUAGAAGAAGAACCAGAAAAAAUCACACUGAAAAAGGUCCCAACAAAGCCCAAAGAGCCUGAGAAGGAAAUAGUAACUCACAGAGUUGAAGUUACAAGACAUUAUGAUACAGAAGUAACAGUUCAGAAGCUUUGGGAGAUACAGGAUCGAGAGCUUGUAACAUUUUCCAGAAGUGAGCAGGUUUUUACUGCACCUGACGAGGUCCAUGAAUCGGGGUCUAUGGUGGAACCUGAAAAAGCAGGGGCAGAGAAAACAAGAUGGAUGAGAACCCCUAAAGCUCCAAAAAAUGAAGAACCUGAGCCAGACUUAACAAAAAAGAUAAUAAAGAUAUUGCCAAAGAAAGAGGACACUCAAGAAGAAGUGACAUUAAAACCAUUUGAAAGACCGAAAAAACCUGAAGCAGUCGAGCCUCCAAAGGCAAACAAAGAUGCUGAAGGAAAAACAGAUGCUGAGCGUUCACCGUUCAAGAGAAAUGAUCCACCACAGAGAGACCAACCCAGUGCUGCGAUAAAAUACGUCGCAGACAAAAACGUCACAAGUCCACAGGUGAUUCCUGAUGUCAACAAAGAACUGACAGAGGACCAGCAAAUGAAAGAGGUUGAGCCUUGUCCCGAGUACCAGGAACCUACAGCUGCUGACAAGCUUUAUGAAAAACCUAAAACCUUCACAAGUCCAGAUAAAGAGAUAGAGCCUAGUCAACCUCUGAAAGAGCUGAAAGAUGAGAAGCAGAAGAAAGAAACACAGAAAAAAGUAGAACCAACAGUUCCACUGAAGAGACCGAGUCCACCAGCAAAGACGGAAGUGAUCCAUCCCAAAGAAGCUGCAGAACAGCUCCCACAAAAACAGACGUCUGUCCUGAAGAAAGGAGAUGAACUCAAAAAGACGCCAUCACCAAGAGUCAUUAAAGACAAGCCCGUCAAAUCUACUGAACAGCUUGAGAAGGUGAAGCUUAAAAAGACACCAUCACCAAGAUCAGACAAGACAAGGACUGAAGAACCACAAAAAGUCCUUGUUGAAAAGAAGCCCAGUCCUGAAAUACCCAAAUUGAAAAGUGUUUCACCAAAAGACUCGACCAAUGCUGUGACACUCAGGAAGGUCCUGCAGAAGCCAGAACAGGAGGUGACAGAACCCAAGAAAAUCCCCCUGGUGAAGGAGGUCUCCCCUGGAGCUGUGCAGCUGACAAAAGUCCCCACCCAGCCAGAGGAGGAGGUCUUUGAAGAGGAGGUGGAAGAAAAGGAGGAAGAGGCCUGGGCCUGGGAGCUUGUUCCAGAGGACUGGGAAGGUGAAGGAGUGGAUGGGGCUCUGGAGUCUCCAGGAAUGCCCAGCGGUAAACGAGAUGGAAAGCCGACAGAGGAGGCUCCUAAAGGCAGAGGCCGGGGAUUUGGGGUGAGACAAACACCAUCACCAGGUGAUGGCGGCAGAGGUCGUGGCCUGAGGCCUGGCGGGAAAGGCCCAUCACCACCAGAGGAACCCUUUGGAGGGUUCAAGCUCAAAGCUGUCCCUCUGAAGUUCGUCAAGAAGAUCCAGGACAUAGUGCUGAAGGAAGCCGAGUCCAUUGGUUCGUCUGCAGUGUUUGAGUGUGAGAUCUCACCUUCCACUGCCAUCACAUCAUGGAUGAAAGACGGCAGCAACCUGCGCGAAGACCCCAAACACAAGUUCACCGCUGAUGGAAAAGAUCGCAAGUUGCACAUUAUUGACGUGCAGUUGUCGGACACCGGUGAAUACACGUGUGUGGGUAAAAACGCUGGCAAAGAAAUAACGUGCACAGCCAAGCUCAUUGUUGAAGAACUGCCUGUAAAAUGGCUGAAAGAGCUGGAACCUGAGACGUCAUGCAUGAAGGGUCAGCCCAUGUAUCUGACCUGUGAGCUCAACAAGGAGCGCGAUGUCCUCUGGAAACGCAACAGCGCCCCCCUGAAGACACACGCCGGAAAAGUGGCCAUCAACAUCAUUGGUAUGCAGCACGCUGUGACCAUUCAGAACGCCACUGACGAAGAUGCCGGCGACUACACGUGUGAGGUGGUCGGACAGGAGGAUGUCAAGACCACGACCAACGUCAAAGUCAUGGAAAUAAUCAAAGAUUGGUUGGUGAAGCCACUGAGAGACCAACACGUCAAGCCAAAGGCCAAGGCCACAUUCAAGUGCGAGCUCUUCAAGGACACGCCCAACUGGAAGUGGUUCAAGGGCGACGACGAGCUCACGCCAUCUGACAAGGUGGAAGUCAACAAAGACGGAAAGGACAUGAUGCUGACCAUCAACAACUGUCAGCCCGACGACGUGGCGGACUACACCAUCGAGGUGGAGGAUCGCAGAUACACAGCUAAACUCACACUUGGAGAACGUGAGGCAGAGAUCCUGAAGCCUUUGGCCAGUGUGGAGGUGGUGGAGAAGGAGGAAGCCAACUUUGACACAGAAAUAUCGGAGGAUGACGUGAUGGGAGAAUGGAAACUGAGAGGCCAAGUGCUGACCAGAACCCCGACAUGUGACAUCAGAGCUGAAGGUGGGAAACGCUUCCUCACGCUGAAGAACGUGCAGCUCGACCAGGCAGGCGAAGUGUCGUACCAGGCUCUGAACGCCAACACCAGCGCUAUGCUUACUGUCAAAGAGAUCGAAAUGGGCUUUGUCGAGCAGCUGAAGGAUGUUUCUGUGCCUGAAAAGAAACAAGCUAAGUUUGAAUGCACCAUCACCAAGGACGUGCCUAAGGUCAUGUGGUUCAGGGGGGCGGAGAUUGUUACCCCGAGCCCUAAAUUUGAAAUAAUUGAUGAUGGGAAGAAGCACAUGCUAAUCAUAAACAGCUGUGAGUUUGACGAUGAGGCUCAGUACACCAUCGAGGUGUUGGACCAAAGUUCAAGUGCUCAGCUGUCAGUGGAAGGCAUGAGGCUGAAGUUUGUGCAGCAGCUUCACGACCAAACGGUAAAAGAAGGUAAAGUGGCUCGAUUUGAGCUCGAGCUGAGCCACGAGAACGUGCCUGUGGUUUGGUACCGAAACGAGGUCAAACUCCACGUGAGCCGAACAGUUCUCACACACGUGGAAGGAAAGAGACACACGCUAGAAAUGAGGACGUUGACUCUAGAUGAUACCUGCCAGAUAAAGGCAGAGGCCAAAGGAAUUUACACCAUGGCCAAACUGACGGUGAUAGAGGGCGAUGCCGUCUUCGUGGUGAAGCUGCAGGAUUACACGGCCACAGAGAAAGACGAGGUCAGUCUGGACUGUGAGCUGAGCAAAGACGUCCCCGUUGUGUGGUUCCACAACGAGAAGGAGAUCAUCGCCUCUAAGAUGGUGGUCAUGAAGUGUGAGGGCACACGCCGAUCACUGAUCCUGAAGAAAGUGGAGAAGAGCGACGAAGGCAAAUAUGCAUGUGACUGUGGAACGGACAACACGUCGGCUAACAUCAGCGUUGAAGCUCGGGACAUCAAGGUCGUUCGGCCAAUUUAUGGCGUGGAGCUAUUUGAUGGAGAGACGGCUCGUUUUGAGGUGGAGAUAUCUGAGGACGAUGUCCAUGGUCAGUGGAGGCUGAAUGGAGAAGUCCUGACACCGUCCUCUGACGUUGACAUCAUUGAGGAGGGAGGAAAACACACUCUGAUCCUCUACAACUGCAAAGUUCCCAUGACCGGUGAGGUGGCGUACGCCGCCGCCAACGCCAAAUGUUCCGCUAACCUGAAGGUCAAAGAACUUCCUCUGAAUAUCCUGGUUCCCCUCAAUGACGUCCAGGUGUACGAGAAGGAUGAAGCCAGGUUUGAGGCCGAAGUGUCAAGAGCACCCAAGAGCUUCCGCUGGCUGAAGGGUUCUCAGGUGCUUGAGAGCGACGAAAAGUAUGAGAUGAUCCAAGAGGGCAACAUGUACACUCUGGUGAUUCGCUCGUCCGCUUACGAUGACGAGGCAAAGUAUAUAUUUGAGGCCGAGGACAAGAGGACGACGGCCAAGCUGGUCAUUCAGGGUAUUCGUCUGGAAUUCGUCAAACCAAUCAAGGAUGUGACGGUGAAGGAGCGCGAGACGGCUGAAUUCAGUUUUGAACUUUCCCACGACAAGAUUUCUGUGGUCUGGUACAAAAACGACGUGCGUCUGCAUCCCAGCAAAGUUGUGCACAUGUCGGACCAGGAGAAGAUCCACACACUGGCCUUCAAGGAGGUCACCAUCGACGACACGUCCAUGAUCAGGGUGGAAGCCAUGGACAAGACCAUGAACGCCAUGCUCACCGUCAUUGAGGGCGAUCCAUACUUCACCACCAAGCUGCAGAACUACACGGCCGUGGAGAGAGACGAGGUGAAGCUGAUCUGUGAGCUGAGCAAAGCCACUGCUGACGUCAAAUGGUUCAAGGAUGGAAAAGAGAUCACACCGUCCAAAAACAUCGCCAUCAGCACUGACGGCAAGAAACGCCUCCUUGUGGUCAGGAAGGCGGAGAAGGCGAAUAUCGGAGCGUACACGUGUGACUGUGGCUCCGAUAAAACCACCGCCAACCUCAACAUCGAAGAGCGAGACAUCAAAGUUGUCCGUCCUCUGUACAGCGUGGAGGUCACAGAGACAGAAACUGCCAAGUUUGAGACAGAGAUUUCAGAGGAGGACGUCCAUGGAAACUGGAAACUGAAAGGAGAAGCUCUGCAUCAGUGUCCAGACGUUGAGAUCAGAGAAGAGGGAACCAAACACAUGUUGAUCCUCUUCAAUGUCCGCAUGGACAUGGCAGGGGUCGUGGACUUCUCCGCCGCGAACGCCAGAUCUAACGCACAGCUCAGGGUCAAAGCUCGCUCCAUCAGCCUGAUGCGUCCACUGAAGGACGUGGCGGUGACGGCUGGAGAGACGGCCACCUUUGAGUGUGAGCUGUCGUACGAGGACAUCGAGGUGGAAUGGUUCCUGAGCGGAGACAAGAUGGAGGCCAGUGAUCGAGUAAAGACUCGUGUGGAGGGCCGCGUUCACACUCUCACAGUCAGAGACGUGAAGUUGUCGGAGGCCGGUGACGUCAAACUGUCGGCCAAAGACUUCCAGAUUCAGGCUCAGCUCAUGGUCAGAGAACCAGCGGUGGAGUUCACCAAACCUCUGGACGACCAGACAGUGGAGGAGGAAGCCACCGCAACGCUUGAGUGCGAAGUUUCCAGAGAGAACGCAGAAGUCAGGUGGUUCAGAGACGGACAGGAAAUCAGAAAGACCAAGAAGCACGACUUGACCGCUGACGGUCGCAAGAGGGUGCUAGUCAUCCACAACUGCUCCCCGGACGACGCCAAGAUGUACACCUGUGACGCCAAAGAGUUCAAGACUUCCUGUUUCCUGGAGGUCACACCUCCUCACGUGGAGUUUACGAAGCCUCUGCAGGACGUCGAGGUCAAAGAGAAAGAAUCUGCCAAGUUUGAAUGUGAAGUGUCUCGUGAGUCCGCCAAGGUUCGAUGGUUCAGAGACGGCGCCGAGAUAAGAAAAGGAAAGAAGUACGAGAUCAUUGCAAAAGGCGUCCAGCGUGUCCUCAUCAUCCACAAGUCGGUGUUCGACGAUGAGGCCGAGUACGAGUGCGACGCCAGAACCUCCAAGACGUCCGGCAUGCUCACAGUCAUUGAGGAAGACGCCAGGUUCACCAAGAACCUGUCCAACGUGGAGGGGACAGAGACGGACAGUGUGAAGAUGAUCUGCGAGGUGUCCAAGCCGAGUGCUGACGUCAGAUGGUACCGAGGAGAAGAGGAGCUGCCCGAGGGAGGUCGCUACGACCAGAUCGUGGACGGACGCAAGAGGAUCCUGAUCAUCCAAGAUCUGAGGAUGGAGGACGGUGGAGAGUACAGCUGCAGGCUGAGUCCAGCCGUCACCACGUCCGCCACACUGAAACUCAACGAACUAGCAGCUGAGUUCAUUGCUCGUCCCCAGAACCAGGAAGUGGUUGAGGGUGAAAAGGCCGAGUUUGCCUGCUCCGUCUCCAAGGAAACCUACGAGGUGAAGUGGUUCCGAAGUGAUAAAGAGUUGGAAGAUGGCGACAAGUUUGUGAUCAUCAGUGAAGGAAAGAGACGUGCUCUUAUUGUGAAAAGCUGUGAGCUGAAGGAUGAGGGAGGCUACGUGGCUCACAUUGGCAGCGUGAAAGCAUCGGCCAGUCUUUGUGUCCUUGAGAAACUGAGGAUCAUCACCCCGAUCAAAGACGCUGAGGUGAAGGAGGGAAGUGAGCUCGUGUUUAACUGUGAGACAAACCAAGAGGGAGCGAAGGCCAAGUGGCUGAAGAACGAGGAGACGAUCUUCGAGAGCAGCAAGUACCUGAUGAUGCAGAGGGACAACGUCUUCUCUCUGAGGAUCAGAGACGCACAGAAGGCUGAUGAGGCCAGCUUCACCAUCAGCCUGACCAAUCAGAGAGGAGAACAUGCUAAGUCGACUGCCAGCGCUAAAGUUGCAGAGGAGAAACUAAGGUUCUUGGAGCCCAUUGAAGACGUGGAGACCCAGGAGAAGAAGACCAUCAGCUUUAGCUGUAAGGUGAACCGCCCCGGGGCGACGGUGCAGUGGCUGAAGGCCGGCGAGGAGCUGACACUCAGCAAACGCAUCGUCCACAGAGUGGACGGCCUCAAACACACGCUCACCAUUAAGGAUUGUGUCAUGGAUGACGAGAGUGAGUACACUGCCACGGUUGGAGACGAUAAGUGUUCGGCUGAGCUCAUAAUCAGCGAGGCGCCGACAGACUUCACCGCACAGCUCAAAGACCAGACCAUCACUGAGUUUGAGGACGCAGAGUUCACCUGCAAGCUGAGCAAAGAGAAGGCUGCUGUCAAGUGGUACAGGGACGGACGUGAGAUCAGAGGAGGACCCAGAUAUCACAUGGAAAAAGAAGGAAAGGUGUGCAAACUGAUUAUCAAGGUUUGCAGACCUGAUGAUGAAUGUGAAUAUGCUUGUGGCAUCGACGAGCGCAGAACCAGAGCAAGACUCUUCGUCGAAGAAACCCCGGUGGAGAUUGUCAGACCACCUCAAGACAUGUUCGAACCGCCAGGCUCGGAUAUCGUAUUUGAGGUGGAGCUCAACAAGGACAGAGUGGAUGUGAAAUGGAUGAGGAACAACAUGAUCAUUGUCCAGGGAGACAAGUACCAGAUGAUCAGCGAGGGCAAAGUCCACCGACUUCAGGUCUGUGAGAUUAGACCCCGAGACCAGGGAGAGUACAGGGUCGUAGCCAAAGACAAGGAUGCUCGAGCCAAGCUGGAGCUGGCAGCUGCUCCUCAGAUCAAAACCACUGACCAGAAUCUGGUGACGGACGCCGGUAAACCCUUUGUUAUGACUGUGCCCUAUGACGCUUACCCUCGUGCUGAGACCGAAUGGUUCUUCCUGGGAGCCAGUCUUCCUGUCCAGAACAUUGACACCUCUGCCGACAAGACCGAGUACCGUCUGAAGAGCCCCAGCAAGGAGAACCAGGGUCGAUACAAAGUGGUCAUCAAGAAUAAGCACGGAGAAGGUGAAGCCUUCAUCAACUUGGACGUGAUUGAUGUCCCCGGACCUGUCAAGAGCCUCAGAGUGGUGGACACUGCAGAUGGUGAGGUCAGUUUGGCCUGGGAGGAGCCUGAGUGCGAUGGCGGAAGCAAGAUUGUUGCCUAUGUUGUGGAGAGACGUGACGUGAAACGCAAGACUUGGACUCUGGCCACAGAUCGCGCAGAUGCCCCAGAGUACUGUGUCAGUGGCCUCCAAAAGGAAUCCAUGUAUCUGUUCAGAGUCUGUGCCCGAAAUAGAGUUGGAAGUGGACCCACUGUUGAAACAGAGGAUGCUGUUCAGGCCAAGAACAAGUUUGACGUUCCUGAUGCUCCAGAAAAUGUCACAGUAGCCAGCGUGAACAAGUUUGGUGCCACUGUCGCUUGGGAGCCUCCCAAGUUUGACGGCGGCUCUGAAAUCACUUCGUAUGUGAUUGAACUCCGCGACAGGACGUCUGUGAAGUGGGAGGCGGCCUUGGUUUGCAGUGCCAGUGACCGCUCAGCGAUGCUCAAUGACGUAGUGGAAAACAAGGAGUACAUCUUUAGAGUUCGAGCCGAGAACAAGGCCGGCAUUGGUAGACCCAGCGCUGCCACAAACCCUGUCAAGAUCAUGGAUCCCAUUGAGAGGCCAAGCCCACCACUGAACCUGAACUUCACCGACCAAAUCAGCUCAGCCGUCACUCUCACCUGGGAGACACCCACUAGCAAUGGCGGCAGCAUGAUCACCGGUUACAUUAUUGAGAAAAGUGAUGAAGGCAGUGACAAGUGGCUCCGCUGCAACACCAGACUGUGUCCAGAUCUGGUCUACCGGGUGUCGGGUUUGAAACCCGGUCAGAAGUACCUCUACAGAGUUUGUGCUGAGAACGCUGCUGGAGUCUCUGACCCAGCAGAACAGCUCGGGCCACUGCUCGCUGACGAUCCUCAUGUUGGUCCGACCUUUGACCUGAGCGGCUUCAGGAAAGGCCUAGAGGUGAUCGUCCCUCAACCUCUCUCCAUUAGAGUCCCGAUUACUGGAUACCCGACCCCUGUCGCGAAAUGGACCUUUGGAGACAAGCAGCUGACCACAGAGGAUGAGCGUGUCUCCAUGGUUACAAAGCCCACGUACACUGAGCUGACAAUCACACCGAGCGUCCGUCCAGACAAAGGAAUCUACUCGCUGCAGCUGGAGAAUGACGUGUCCUCAGUGUCAGGAGACAUCGAGGUCAACGUCAUCGCAUGCCCCAGUGCUCCCAAAGACUUUAAAGCGGCCGAGGUGACGCGACACCAUGUCCACCUGAUGUGGGAGGCUCCAGAACAUGAUGGAGGAAGUCCAGUCACCCAUUACCAGAUCGAAAAGAGAGAAGUGACACGCAAGACCUGGGCCAAGGUGGCAACUGGUGUCCUGGACCUGGAGCACACCGUAACAGAUGUGAUUGAAGGGAAAGAGUAUCUGUUCAGUGUUACUGCCUGCAACAAGUGUGGACCUGGCGAGCCAGCGUACAUUGACGAUCCUGUCAACAUCUCAUCUCCUGCCACUGUACCUGAUCCUCCUGAAAACCUGAAGUGGCGUGAUAAGAGUGGCAAGACUAUAUUCCUGUCGUGGGAGCCUCCAAGGUAUGACGGUGGAGCCCACAUCAAAGGCUACGUUGUGGACAAGUGUCAACGUGGUUCUGACAAGUGGGAACCCUGCGGUGACCCCAUCCCUGAACUGAAAUACCAGGUCACCAGUCUAAUUGAGGGUCAGUGGUACGCCUACAGAAUCCGAGCAUUCAACAAGUUGGGAGCCAGCCGACCCUGCAGGGCUACCGAUGAGAUCCAAGCUGUGGAUGCUAGAGAACCUCCAGAGAUCCAGCUGGAUGUGAAGUUGCUGGCUGGUCUGACCAUCAGGGCGGGCACCAAGAUCGAGCUUCCUGCUGAUGUCAAAGGAAAACCUGAUCCCCGGGUGAAAUGGACUAAGGCUGACCUGGUCCUGCGUGCUGACAACCGCAUCACCAUCGAUACCCAGCCAGGACACUCGAAAGUUUCCAUUACGGACACUGUCAGAGGAGACACCGCCACUUACAUCAUUGAGGCCGUCAAUCUCUGUGGACGUGCUACAGCCACCGUCGAUGUGAACAUCCUCGAUAAACCGGGUCCUCCAGCUGCCCUUGACAUCUCUGAGAUCACCAACGAGUCAUGCUUCAUGGCGUGGAAUCCGCCCAGGGACGACGGUGGUUCACCGAUCACCAACUACAUCGUGGAGAGUCGCCUGACAGACAAGGAGGAGUGGGUCAAGAUGUCAGCCACAGUGAAACACACCACUUUCAAAGCAUGCAAGCUCACAGCCAUGAAGGAGUACAUCUUCAGGGUCAGUGCUGAGAACCAGUAUGGAAUUGGUGAACCUGCAGAGCAUGUGCCACUCAUUAUCAAGUAUUCCUUUGAUCCUCCUGGUCCUCCAACCAGAGUUACACCCUCUGAAAUCGCCAAGGACGCAGUGACUCUUACUUGGUUUGAACCCGAUGAAGAUGGUGGCAGCCCCAUCACUGGUUAUUGGGUUGAAAAGUUUGAUCCUGAGACUGACAAGUGGAUCAGAUGCAACAAACUGCCAAUUACAGAUACAACCUUUAGGGUAAAGGGACUCCCUACCAAGAAGAAGUACCGCUUCCGUGUUCUGGCUGAGAAUCUGGCUGGACCUGGAAAACCAAGUGUUGAAACUGAUCCUGUUCUCAUCAAGGACCCCAUUGAUCCACCAUGGGCUCCUGGUAAACCUAUUAUCAAGGAUGUCGGCAAGACCUCUGUGCUGCUGGCAUGGACCAGGCCUGAACACGAUGGUGGGGCUAAGAUUGAAGGCUACGUCGUUGAGUUUCAAAAGACCGGAAGUGAGGAGUGGAUUAGGAUAGCAGAGGAUGUUCCUCUGACAGAGCACCAGCUGCAGGGUCUGAUGGAGAAGCAGGAGUACUCAUUCAGAGUCAAGGCCAGCAACAAGGCUGGCGAGAGUGAACCUAGUGAUCCCAGUGACCCAGUGGUCUGCAAGGAGAGACUCUACCCUCCUUCACCUCCUCAGUGGCUGGAGGUGACCAAUAUCACCAAGAACAGUGCUGACCUAAAGUGGCAACUGCCCAGCAGCGACGGAGGCUCACCCAUCACCAACUACGUGGUAGAGAAGAGGGAUGUGAGGCGGAAGGCCUGGCAGGGCGUUGACACCACCGUCAAGGAGCUGAAGUACACUGUGACUGCCCUCAAUGAAGGGUCGCUAUAUGUGUUCCGUGUCGCUGCCGAGAACGCUGUUGGAACAAGUGAAUUCUGUGAACUGGAGGAUGCCGUGCUUGCCAAAGACACUUUCACGACCCCUGGACCUCCUUAUGCCCUGACAGUGGUGGAGGUCACUAAGAGACAUGUGGAGCUGAAAUGGGAACCUCCCAAGAGUGAUGGCGGAAGACCUAUAAUCAAGUACGUGAUUGAGAAGAAAGAGAAGGUGGGAACUCGUUGGCUGAAGUGUUGUAAGACUCCAGACAGAAAGUCCCAAUUCAAGGUGACAGAUGUAGAUGAAGGAUCAGAGGUUCAGUUCCAGGUCAGAGCUGAAAACGAGGCUGGAGUUGGAGACCCAAGUGAACCGACGGAGAUCCUCACAAUUGAGGAUCCAACCAGUGCUCCAUCUCCUCCCCUUGAUGUGGCCAUUCCCGAUGCUAGCAGGGAGCACAUCAAUGUCACUUGGAAGCCUCCGUCCAAAGAUGGAGGCUGCCCAGUAACCGGGUACCAUGUUGAGGUGGCGGAGGCGCGCCCGGAGCUGAAGUGGUUCAGGGUCAAUGCCCGACCCAUCAAAGAGCUCAAGUUUAAGAUUGAUGAUGGAAUCAAACCAGAGAAGAAGUAUGUCAUUAGAGUUCGUGCCAUCAACUCCGUUGGGGUUAGUGAUCCUUCUGAGAUCUCCGACAAGGUCUCCACUAAAGAUCCUGAUUGUGCUCCAACCAUGGACUUGGAAGCACAGGACAUGGUUGUAGUUGAAGGUGAGAAGCUGCACCUGAACAUCCCCUACCGGGCAAUUCCAACACCCAAGAUGGUGUGGCAGAAGGAUACAGUGGAGUGUAAGGCCGAUGAGCGGCUCUCCAUGACGGUGGAGAUGAACAACGCUCAUCUGGAGCUACUCAAGUGCACACGUGCUGAUGCAGGCGCCUACGCCAUCACCCUGGAGAACGAUCUAGGAACUGCCACCGGAACUGUCAACGUCAAAGUCAUCGGACUCCCUGGUCAGUGUAAAGACAUCAACUCUAGUGAUGUCACCAAAAGUUCCUGCAAGAUCAGCUGGGAAGCUCCAGAAGAUGAUGGGGGAACCCCCAUCAUCAGCUACACUCUGGAGCGCCGCGAGGCCACCAAAAAGACCUACAUGCCUGUCGUGUCGGGAGAGAACGUCCUGACAUGCAUUGUUAAAGACCUCUUCAUCAACUGCGAGUACUAUUUCAGAGUGAAGGCAGUCAACAAGGUGGGAGCUGGAGAAUAUCUGGAGCUACGCAACGCAGUCAUCAUCGAGGAAAUCAAACAGAAACCAGACCCACCCAUCCAAGUGGAGGCUCAAGACCCAACAUCCAAGUCCAUCAAAGUGACAUGGAAAGCCCCAGAUUACGAUGGCGGCUGUCCCAUCCAGGGCUACAUCUUGGAGAAAAUGGUGAAGGAUGGUGAACAAUACGAGAGGGUAACGCCGAGCCUUGUUCCUGGUUUCUCCUACGUGGUGAUGGGCCUGGAGGAGGAUAUGGAGUAUCAGUUCAGGGUCAGAGCUGAGAACGCUGCUGGAGUCAGUGAGCCAUCACGCAGCACGCUGCCCAUCAAGGCUUUGAUUCCUGUUGAAAAACCAAAGGUCACCCUCCACGCCCGUGUGCAGUCUGGUUUAUGCAUAAAGAAGGGGGAAGAGAUCUGCAUUGAUGCCCUUAUCUCUGGGUCCCCAUACCCCAAAGUCACCUGGCUAAGGAACGAUGACGACGUCACCAAAGAGCCGGGCAAAAAGAUGGUUCCUUUGGUAAAGAAGAGGAAGACCAAGGCAAAGGUUCCAGAACCAGAGGAGGAAUAUGUGACUCCACUGCGUGAGCGUCUGGGUCUGGAUCAGACCAAGAAGGGUCAUUCUGCGCUGAUGAUCCGUGAGGCCGUGAGACCUGAUCACGGAAACUUCACCAUUAAGGUGGAGAACAUUCACGGCGUUGACUCUGCCUCCUGCAUUGUCAAUGUCCUCGACAAACCCGGUCCUCCGAUCAACAUCACCUUCGAUGACAUCAGGAACACAUCAGUCGUCUGUAACUGGGAGCCUCCAGAAGACGACGGUGGAACCGAGAUCCUGAAUUACAUCCUGGAGAAGAAGGACAACAGGAACGAAGAGGUUGGCUGGGUCACCGUCACCUCCACAGUGAAGGGCACCAGUUGUCCUGUCACCAAACUCAUCGAAGGAAAGGAGUAUAUCUUCAGAGUCACUGCGGAGAACAAGUGUGGCAGUGGGAGACCGUGUGUCUCUGAGCCGGUGGUCGCAAAGAACCAGUUCAAUCCUCCCGACGCUCCCAAUACUCCCAGAGUGCACGAGGUGACAGCAAGCUCCGCCCACCUCUCCUGGCACGAGCCGAAGGACAACGGCAGUCCAAUCCUUGGCUACUGGAUUGAGAGGAAGGAAGUGAACAGCAAACACUGGUCCAGAGUGAACCGCGCUCUGCUGAACUCUCUGGAGGUGAAGGUUGGCGGCCUGAUGGAAGGACUCACCUACAUCUUCAGAGUGUGUGCUGAGAACCUGGCUGGACCUGGACCCUUCAGCGAGCCCAGUGAACGUGUCCUCACCAUGGACGCCAUCCAGCCUCCUGGGCCACCCAUUCCGUGGAUUGUGGACACUGGGAAGAAUUCAGUGAUUGUGGCUUGGAAGCCGCCACUGUUUAAUGGUGGAGGAGACAUCCUGGGAUACCAUGUAGAGAAGGUUUUGGUUGGAGACAAGGACUGGACUCGGAGCACAGAGUUCAGGUGUAAGGAGUUGACAUACACGGUAACAGGCCUGACCGAGGGAGCAGAUUAUUACAUCCGAGUCCUCGCCGUCAACGACGCUGGUCCUGGAGCUCCCGGAGUUACAGACUCUGUCACUGUCAAGGAGCCUCAAGAAUCUCCUGCUGUGGACUUUGAUGACUCUGUAAAGAAUGGCGUCCUGAUGAAGGCGGGCGAGCCUCUGAGGCUUCCUGCUGUAGUGACCGGCCGACCUCAGCCUGAGGUCAAGUGGACCAAAGGCGAGGCUGAAAUUGACAAAGAGAGGAUGAUUGUGGAGACAGUAGGUAAGAACAGCACGCUGUUCAUUAAGACGACCACGAGGGCGGAUCACGGAAAGUACCAGAUCACGGGCACCAACAGCAGCGGGACCAAGACCGCUGAGACCAGAGUGGACAUCAUGGACGUACCUGGACCAGUGGUGGACCUGAAGGUCAUAACGGUAACCAAAAAGAACAUCACCCUCACCUGGUCUGACCCCUUGGACAACGGUGGCAGUGACAUUGUUGGCUAUGUGGUGCUGAGGAAAGACAGUAAGAUGAAACUCUUCCGCCAGCCAAUUGAGACAGCUUCCUGUAAGUGCGAUGUCCAGGGCCUGUUGGCUGGUGAAGAAUACGAUUUUAGGGUCUUUGCAAGAAACAAGUAUGGAGAUGGUGCUCCAUCUGACCUAGGUCCAAUCUUGGCCGUGGAUCCUAAAGGUACUCCCUCUGCACCGGAGAAGCUGCACUACACUGACAGAGGAAAGAGCACCAUCACUCUGGCCUGGCAGCCACCGAGCAGUAAUGGUGGCAGCCCCAUCUUAGGCUACUAUGUGGAGAAGAUGAGGUCAGAUGGAACUGAGUUUGAUGUGGCCAACCACAAGAUGUUCCCUACAUGCUGCGGGACCAUUGAGAAUCUGUCAGAGAACCAGGACUACCAGUUCCGUGUCAAAGCUGUGAAUGAAGUCGGGCAAGGAGACCCAUCAAAGCCAAUCAGUGCCAAGAUCAAGGACGAUGAAAUUGCUCCUGUUAUUACAAUCCUAAAAUACUUCAAAAGCAACGAGAUCAUUGUGAGGAAAGGCGCUGCCAUCGACAUACCAGCAGAGGUAAAGGGACUUCCUCUGCCAUCAAUUCAAUGGAUGAAGGACAAUGUGCUGAUCGAGAAGCCUGAGGACGAGAGGAUGACACUGGAUUCUGAAGAGGUUGACCGGACAACUCUAACAACAAAGAUCGCCAUUCCAGACACCAUCAGGCAGGACACAGGCAGCUACAGGCUGGUAGCUGAAAACUGCUAUGGUAAAGCUCAACAUGUCAUCAAAGUCCAGAUUCUCGAUCGCCCUUUUGCUCCAAGGAACAUUGUGGUCUCUGACAUCAAGGCGGACUCAUGCUACCUGACCUGGGAUGCUCCAGAAGACAACGGAGGCAGUGAGAUCACCAACUACAUUGUGGAGCGCAGAGACGCCAGCAAAAAGAAGUCUGACUUUGAUGUUGUCACCGACAACCUGAUCGACAGGAGAUGCGCAGUCAACAAAAUGGACUUGAACGGUGUCUACCAGUUCAGGAUCAAAGCUGAGAACAAGUAUGGUGUCAGUGACGGCUGUGACUCAGAGAAAGUCCAGUUGAGAGAUCCAUUCGGCCUCCCUGGACCGCCACGUAAUCCCAAAAUCAUCGCUGCCACAACAACCUCCAUGACUGUGGCCUGGGAUCCUCCUCUGGACAAUGGUGGAUCCACCAUCCAGGGAUACUGGCUGGAGAAGAGGGAACGUGGAGCCGUGUACUGGGGUCGUGUCAACCGCGGUCCAGUCACUAAACCGGCGGUGAAGGGACUCGAGUACACUGUGCUCAGACUCAUUGAAGGAACAGAGUACAAGUUCAGGAUUGCAGCCAGCAAUGCUGCAGGAAUUGGACCAUUCAGCGAGUCCACAGAGAGCCGCAUCGCCAAGGAUCCCUCCUACCCUCCCAGCUCACCUGGAUCCCCCCUGGUUAAAGACAAGACCAAAAGCAGCAUCACUCUCUCCUGGACUCCACCAGACAAAGAUGGUGGUAGCCCUGUCAAGGGUUACAUCAUUGAGGUCCAUGAGGAGGGUUCUCCUGAUUGGAGGAGGGUGAACCCUGCAGAUAAGCUUCACCCAUCCACUGAAAUCACUGUGCCUGACCUGAAGGAGGGCAAAAAGUGCAAGUUCAGGAUCUAUGCUGUGAACGGCGCAGGAAACUCGGAGCCCGCUAGGACGGCCGACAUACUGGUCCAGGACAUCCUGAUCGAGCCAACUGUCACUCUAGAUUUGGGUGCUUGUGACCUGAUGAACUGCAGAGCAGGAACCCCCGUCAGGAUCCACGCCACCGUCACUGGACGGCCUAUUCCAAAAGUCACCUGGACCUUUGACGGCACCGCGGCGACAGAAAAGAAAAACGAACUUCACACACUGCCUGUCGACUCCGAGAUCCACUCCACCGACACCACGUCUGUGGUCAUGAUCCCAGAGAGCAAACUGAACCACAGUGGCCGGUUUAUCAUCAAUGCUGAGAGUCCAGCUGGCCACAAGGUGGUCAAAGUCAGAGUCAACAUACUUGAUCUGCCUGGACCUCCCAGAGACCCGAAGGUGAGCGAUGUGACGAGGGGAACCUGCAGACUCACCUGGAGAGCUCCAGAGUGUGACGGUGGUGACAGGGUGAAAAGUUACUUCAUCGAGAAGAAGACAGUAAAAGGAAAAGCUUGGACGAAGGUAAACACAGCCUGUGCCAAUCAGUCUCUGGUGGUUCCAGACCUGAUUGUUGGACAGGAGUAUCUUUUCCGUGUCCGUGCUGAGAACCGCUUUGGGUUUGGACCCUUCGUUGAGACUACCGAGGGGACCACAGCCAGAGAUCCCAUUCAUCCUCCCGAUCCUCCCACAAGGCUGAAGAUCCAGAAUGUGAGGAAGGGUACAGUGACUUUGACCUGGAAGGCUCCAAAGAACGAUGGCGGUUCCCCUGUCACCCACUACAGUGUGGACCUGCUCUGCUGGGAUGCCAGUGGCACCCAGAAGGAGUCAUGGAGGAGGUGUAACAGGAGAGACGUGGACACCACCAGCUUCAAGGUGGAGGAUCUGACCCAAAGGGAUGAGUACGAGUUCAGAGUGAUGGCAUAUAACGAGGCCGGAGCCAGCCGACCCUCAACCACCGCUGGACCCAUUAUCAUCCAGGACCAGACCUGUGCUCCAUCCAUUGAGCUGAAGGAGUUCAUGGAGGCCGAGCAGGGCAACGACAUCAGCAUUGUGGCCAAGGUUCGCGGCUGUCCAUUCCCCACACUCACCUGGUACAAAGCUCCGCCCCACAAGUCCGAUGCCAAGGUGGAGGUUCAGUACGAAGAGCACAUCAACAAAAUUGUGUCGGAUGACAGCUGCACACUGCUCAUCCAGCAGGGCAAACGCCCCGACACCGGCCUCUACACGUUGGUAGCGUCCAACAGCCUCGGCAAAGCUUCAAAGGAAAUGAGGCUCAAUGUGCUUGGUCGUCCCGGUCCACCCUCUGCCCCCAUCAAGUUUGAGGAGAUUGGUGCAGAGAGGAUCACUCUGUCCUGGCUGCCGCCAAAGGAUGACGGUGGGUCCAAAGUCACAAACUACGUCAUUUGGAAGCGGGUGGCGAGCAGGAACACUUGGGUGCCUGUCACCAAUGAGCCCAAAGAACGGAUCUGGACGGUGGAGAAUCUGAUGGAGGGACACGAAUAUGUGUUUCGUAUCAUGGCCCAGAACAAGUAUGGAGUGGGGGAACCACUGGACAGUGACCCAGAGGUUGCCCGAAACCUCUCCACCAUACCCGGUCAAGUUGAGAAGCCAACAAUCACCAACAUCACCAUAGACUCCAUGACGGUGAAUUGGGAAGAGCCUGAGGAUGACGGCGGUGCCCCAAUCACUGGCUACUGGCUGGAGCGUAAAGAGACCACAGGCAAACGCUGGACCCGGGUCACCCGUGACCCCAUCCGUCCCAUGGGCAUGGGCGAAUCAUUUGUCGUGAGCGGACUCAUUGAGGGCUCACAGUAUCUGUUCAGAGUCUCCGCUAUGAACGCUGCUGGACCUGGACCUGCCAGCCCCCCGACAGACCCCAUCUUUGCCAGAGACCCCAUCUCCCCGCCCUCUCCUCCAACCCCAAAAGUUUCUGAUUGGACAAAGUCCAGUGUGGACUUGGUAUGGAUCCCUCCCCUGAAAGAUGGAGGCUCGAAGAUCAUUGGCUACUGGGUGGAGUACAAGGAGGAGGGCACCGAGGCCUGGGUCAAGGCCAAGGAGAUUGAAAUUCGUGGCACCAGGUUUGUAAUCACUGGUUUGAAGACUGGUGGUCAUUACAGAUUCCGGGUAAUAGCCUUUAAUGCUGCUGGUAAUGGUGAGCCAGGUGAAGUCCCAGAAGUGCUCGAGGUCACUGACAGAUCCAUUGCUCCGGAGGUCGACCUGGACGCUUCGGUGAAGGAGAGGAUGGUGGUCCAUGCUGGCGGUGUGAUCCGCCUUAUUGCUUAUGUGUCCGGUCAGCCAACCCCAACCGUUACCUGGACCAGAGGUGGAGCUGCACUGCCUCCUGAUGCUAAAGUGGAGACGACAGCCAUCAGCUCAUCUUUAGUCAUCAAACCCUGUGCCAGGAGACACCUCGGCAUCUAUACACUGACUGCCAAAAAUGCAGGAGGCGAGAAGACAAAGAAUGUAACUGUGGAGGUUCUUGAUGUCCCUGGACCAGUUGGUAUCCCCCUAACCGCAGAGAACUUGAGUAGCGAUUCCUGCAAGAUCAACUGGUUCUUCCCAGACAAUGACGGCGGCUCUCCCAUCAGUAACUACAUCAUAGAAAAGCGUGAGGCUGAGCGUCAAGCUUGGACAUCACUCUCCUACACUGCUAGCAGACAAAAUGCCAUUGCUCACAACCUCACUUAUGGGAAGGCCUACUUCUUCAGAGUGGCCGCCGAGAACGCAAUUGGCGUCGGACCCUUUGUGGAGACAGCAGCCGAAGUUGUGGUCAAGGAACCAAUCAGUGUGCCAGACCGACCUGAGGAUUUGGAAGUUACUAAGGUCACCAAGGAUUUGGUCAGCCUCACCUGGAAGGCACCCAGGUUUGACGGCGGCUCAGAGAUCACCAUGUAUAUCGUGGAGGCCCGUAUGAUUGGUAAAGACAAGUUCAUGAGACUGACGAAGGAGAAGCUGUUGGAGAGAAAAUUCACCUUUGAUGGCCUAAAGGAGGGCGAUAGCUACGAGUUCAGAGUCUUAGCCGUCAAUGAGGUUGGACCCAGCAAACCAUCAUUCUGCACCAAACCAAUCACCUGCAGGGAUGAGCUGGAGCCACCAACUAUUGAGCUGGAUUUCCGUGAUAAAAUCAUUAUCCGUGUUGGUGAAAGCUGCCUGCUGCAGGGACGCUACACUGGCAAACCUUCCCCAUCAAUUGUGUGGUACCGCGACGACAAGGAGCUGAAGGCCGACCAACACAUCAUGUUCAAGAACACGCUGACCACCAUGUCACUGGGCCUGAUCAAGGCCAAGCGCGAACACAGCGGCAGAUACGUGGUGGUAGUGGAGAACAGCACCGGAUCCAGGAAGGGAGUCUGCAACAUCACAGUGGUCGACCGUCCCACACCUCCUGUUGGCCCUGUGGUGUUUGAGGAGGUUCACAGGACAUACAUGGUAAUUUCCUGGAAGCCUCCUCUGGAUAGUGGUGGUGUGGACGUCUCCAACUACAUCAUUGAGAAGAGGGAUGUUAACAGAGACAUCUGGUCCAGUGUGACAUCUGCCACGACCAAGACUGUAUGCAAGAUCCCCAAACUCACAGAGGGCAGGGAGUACAUCAUGAGAAUCUGUGCUGAAAACAUGUACGGCAUCAGCGAUCCACUGGAGUCUGAGGAGAUGAGAGCAAAAGACCUUUUCAGAGUCCCUGAGGCCCCUGAGAUGCCUACAGUUAGGGAGGUGUAUGGCACCAAUGCCCUGGUUCUGUGGAACCGCCCUCGUGAUGGCGGGAAGCCCAUCACUAACUACAUCCUGGAAAAGAAGGAGCCCGCGGCCAAGAGAUGGUCCAGAGUAACAAGAGACACACUGUAUCCAGCCACUCAGUACCGAGUCCAGGACCUGAUAGAGGGCUGCGAGUACGAGUUUAGAGUGAUGGCUGAGAAUGAGCUUGGAAUCGGUGACCCCAGUGAACCGUCUAAACCCAUUCUCGCUAAAGAUCCUGUUGUGCGCCCAAGUCCUCCAGUGACACCUGAGGCCUACGAUAAGACCAAAGACUCUGUCAGCCUGAGGUGGCAGAUGCCUCGCCAUGAUGGCAGAGGCCGGAUAUUAGGCUACCUGGUUGAGUACCAGAAACCGGGUGCCAUAGAGUGGAUUCCAGCCAAUGAGACCGCAGAGCAGUGCCCUAACCUUCACUAUGUGGCGACUGGCCUGGCUGAUGGACAUGAGUACGCUUUCAGGGUCUUCACAGUCAAUGCAGCUGGCAAAUCUGAUCCUGCCUAUGUCAAAAAGCCCAUCAAAGUCCAUGACAGACUAGAGGAGCCAGAACUGCUGCUGGACGCUAACAUGGCACGUGACCACCUGGCCAUGUUGGGCACAGACAUCACCCUGAGUGCCACAAUCAAAGGUGUGCCAACACCGACUGUUAGCUGGAAGAAAAAUGAUGGCGACGUUCCUUCUCACAUCGGCACUACCGUCACUGCAACUGGCAGUAAACUGUUCAUUCCCAAGUGUGUUCGUCCAGACUCUGGCAACUACACCAUUACUGUGCAGAACGCUGCCGGCAAAAAGUCUGCAACUGUUGCCGUACUUGUGUUAAAUAAACCAUCUCCACCUAGAGACCUGGUAAUCUCUGAGAUAACCAGUGAGUCCGCCUAUCUGACCUGGAAGGCUCCGGAAGACAAUGGUGGCGCUGUUAUCUCCCACUAUGUAGUGCAGAAAAAGGAUGUAGCCUCAGAUCAGUGGGUUCCUGUCUCUGCGUCUAAUAAGAAGCUGAGCCUGAUGGCCAUGUACCUGAUUGAAGGCAUCCAGUACUUGUUUAGAGUGGCUGCUGAAAACCAGUUUGGCAGAAGCGACUAUGUGGUAACCAAAGCGCCCAUCAAGGCUGUUGAUCCGCUCUAUCCUCCUGGCCCACCGAAGAACCUGCACCACACUGACGCAGAAAAGACAGAGGUGUGGUUGGCAUGGGAGUGGCCUGACCGUGAUGGUGGAAGUGAAAUCACAGGCUUCAUCGUGGAGCACCAGGAAGAGGGCCAGACUGACUGGGUCACCUUCAAGACUGUGGCCAAUGAACAUACCCAUGUUAUCGGUCUUGUGGAAGGCAAGACUUACCGUUUCAGGGUCAAGGCUCAAAACGCCAUUGGCGUAAGCCAACCAGACACCAGUGUCCCGAUCACCUGCCAGGAAAAGACAUUGGCACCAACAAUUGAAGUCGAUGUUAAACUUAUUGAGGGUCUUGUUGUCAAAGCUGGCAGUGCUGUUGUCCUCCCAGCCAAAAUGAUGGGUAUCCCUAUUCCCACUGCCAAAUGGAUAACAGAUAACCAAGAGAUAGCAUCUGAGGGUCGCUAUCGCAUUGAGACUGCUGGAUCAUCAACUACCCUCAGCAUCCCUGAAAGUCAGAGAGGAGACUCUGGAGAAUACAUUCUUACUGUUUCUAAUCCUGCAGGCAGCAAGACCGUCGCCCUGCAUGUCACUGUGCUGGAUCUUCCUGGGCCACCUAUUGGACCCAUUAAUAUCUUGGAGGUCACCCCUGAUUACAUGAUGAUUCAGUGGAGGGCACCAAAAGAUGAUGGCGGAACACCCAUCACCAAUUAUGUGGUUGAAAAGAAGGAUGUGAAGAAGUCAUGGGUGCCCUGGUCUGUUGUUAGCUCUAGUGGCACGAGCACCAGGGCUAAGGUAUCCAGGCUGGAGAAGGGUCGCGAGUACAUUGUCCGUGUCCGUGCAGAGAAUAAGAUUGGCAUUGGUGCUGAACUUGAGAGUCCACCCACUAUUGCUAAGCACAUGUUCAACCCUCCAGGACCACCAGGUCCUCCAGAGUGUUCAGAUAUUACAGAGAAUGCUGUGACACUAGAAUGGACCCUGCCUGACUACGAUGGGGGAAGUCCUAUCACCGGCUAUGUUGUUGAGCGCAGAGAAAUGACUGGAAAGUGGAUCCGUGUCAAUAAAACUCCUGUACUCGACCUUAGAUACAGAGUUUCAGGCCUGCUUGAAGGCAACACAUAUGAAUUCAGGGUGUUUGCCGAGAAUGUUGCUGGUAUCAGUGAGCCUUCUUUCACCUCAGACCCCAUCAAGGCCACUCGUGCCAUCACCAAACCUGGUCCUCCUAGCAAUCUUAAAUUGAAGGACUGGAGCAAAUCCUAUGCUGACAUUUGCUGGAGCAAGCCCACAAGAGAUGGUGGCAGUCCUGUUCUUGGAUAUGUUAUUGAGGCUCAGAAGUCAGGAAGUGCCCAGUGGGACAGAAUUAACAAAGACCUCAUCAAGAUGUGUGCAUACAGAGUGCCAGGCCUCAUUGAGGGAAUGGAGUAUAGAAUUCGUGUCAGGGCCACUAACAAGGUUGGAGACAGUGAACCGAGGGAACUGCCCCAGACAGUCUUGGCAAAGGACAUCUUGGUGCCUCCUGAAGUUGUUGUUGAUAUUGCCUGCCGUGACUCUCUGACAGUGAGAGCAGGCCAGAUCAUCAGUCUGAUUACGAGGGUGAAGGGCAGACCAGAUCCAGAGAUUACGUGGACCAAGGAUGCCAGAGCCUUGUCCCGGGAUAAGCGCACUGAAAUUAAUAAUAAUUACCCUCUAUGUGAACUGGUUAUCAAUGAGGCAGUCCGAUCAGACUAUGGUAAAUAUGCCAUUCUUGCUAAGAACAGUAGUGGACAGGCACAGGCUACAAUUCUUGUCAAUGUCCUGGACACACCAGGACCCUGUGUGAACAUAAAGCUGGCCUAUGUGACCAAGAAAUCCUGCAUGGUGUCAUGGGAGAACCCUGAGGACAAUGGAGGCACUGAGAUCACACAGUACAUUAUUGAGUGCCGUCAACCAAGCCAGAGAGGAUGGACAGUUGUCUCCAAUGAUUGCACCAAGCGCCUGAUUAAAGCACCUCUUACAGAGGGUUGUGAGUAUUUCUUCCGUGUCAGUGCAGAGAACAAGAUUGGUGCUGGUCCAUCUACUGAGACCAAGACACCAGUCCUCGCAGUUGAUCCUAUUGAGAAGCCAGGAGAACCUAUUGACUUCCAUAUUUCUGAGAUUGGUAAGACCUUCUGCUUUCUCAAAUGGAAGAAGCCAGACUACGAUGGUGGUAGCUGUAACCUUGGUUAUCACAUUGAGAAGAAACCAAAGGAGGCUGAGGAAUGGGAGAGGCUCCACAAAGGCACCAUUAGAGAGACUUACUUCAUGGCUGACAGGUGCAUUGAAAACCAGAUCUACCAGUUUAGAGUCCAGACUAAGAAUGAAGGAGGUGAGAGCAACUGGGUGUCAACACCUGAGGUCCUGGUAAAGGAACAGCUUGUUGAUCCUGAGAUCAAAAUUAAUCUUGAUGGAACCCUCAUUGUCAAGGCAGGAGAUUCCAUUCCCAUUGAGGCAAUAGUGAAGGGAAAACCCCAGCCUGAUGUCAAAUGGACCAAGGAUGAAAGCACAGAGGAGAUCAAGAAGGGCCCAAGGCUUCAGAUUGAAACUGGUGCCGACUUCUCCAAACUGCUGCUUACCAAUGCCAGGCGUACCGAUAGUGGCAAAUAUGUUGUCUCUGCCUCCAACAGUAGUGGAACCACCUCUGCUCAUGCUAAGGUCAUUGUAUUGGAUCGACCUGGCCCCAUCAAAGAUCUAAAGGUGUCUGGUAUUACGAGUGACAGGUGCCAUCUGACCUGGGAAAUCCCAGAUGAUAAUGGUGGCUGUGAUAUCUACAACUACAUUAUUGAGAAAUGUGAAACCAAGAGGGGAAUUUGGUCUGUCCACUCCAAUGCUGUCAUUACAAACAAAGCUAAAGUCACUCGCCUCAUUGAAGGUAACGAGUAUAUCUUCAGAGUCCGUGCUGAGAACAAAAUGGGUCCUGGUCCUGCAGUGCUGACUGAGACCAUCUUUGCUGGCACCCAGUUCAGUGUACCCGAUGCUCCUGAAGCACCUGAGGUCACCAAGAUUGCCAAGGAGGAGAUGAUUGUACAGUGGUCGGAGCCUGAGAGAGAUGGAGGAAAACCAAUCACAGGUUAUCUUUUAGAGAAGAGGGAAGAGCAUGCUGUUAGGUGGUCUCCUGUCAACAAAGAUCCAGUCCCUGGAACCCGUUUCACAGUUACUGGACUCCUGCCUCUCCAUGACUACCAAUACAGAGUCAAGGCCGUCAAUGAAAUUGGCAUUGGCAACCCAAGCAAGGCUUCGCGUGCCAUCACUGCCAAAGAUGCAGUUGAGCCUCCUGCACCUCCUACCAACCUGAAAGUCCGGGACAGCACUAGGUCCAGUGUCACCCUGGGCUGGACCAAGCCUGUAUCCGAUGGUGGAGCUCCCAUCAUUGGCUAUGUCGUAGAGAUGCGAGUGGCGGGAAGUGCUAAAAAAGGAGAUGAUGGUUAUAAACGGUGCAACGUGGCAGCUCAGCUGAUUGUGUGUGAAUUUACCGUCACAAGUCUGGACGAGAAUCUUGCAUAUGAAUUCAGGGUUUCAGCUCAGAACCAGGUGGGCAUGAGCCUGCCCUGCGACCUGGAGGGUGCAGUGAUCCCCAGAGAGAUUCUAGAGGCACCAGAAAUUGACAUGGAUGCUAACAUGAAGCAGGGACUGACAGUAAGAGCUGGCUGUCCCAUCAGGCUUUGUGCUACGAUUAGAGGCAGACCGGCUCCCAAGGUAACCUGGAGAAGGAUGGGCAUUGACAACGUGGUCAGAAAGGGAAAUGUUGACCUCAUCGACACCAUGACUUUCCUGGUCAUCCCUGACAGCACUCGUGACGACACUGGCAAAUACUGCCUGACCCUGCAGAGUCGGGCUGGGGAGAAAGCUGUUUUUGUCAAUGUUAAGGUUCUCGACACUCCUGGACCUGUGAUGAAUCUGGAAGUGACUGAUGUCACACAGACAUCUGCCAUGCUGUCCUGGAAUCUUCCAGAGAACAAUGGCGGCAGUGAGGUUACUCAUUACAUAGUUGAGAAACGCGAGAUUGACCGUAAGACCUGGGCGACUGUGAAGGCUGAGGUCGCACUGGAUAAGAUUCCCUUCAAAGUUAGUGGUCUGAUGCCAGGAACCGAAUAUUAUUUCAGAGUCACAGCCGUCAAUGUGUAUGGUUCUGGGGUUCCCAGAGUCACACCAACGUCCUACCUGGCCUCUGAUCCCGUCAGUAAACCAGAUCCAUGUCAAAAGAUUGACAUUUUGGAGAUCACCAAGAACAGUGCAGCAGUCGGCUGGGUAAAGCCUCUGAGGGACGGUGGUGCCAAGAUCGACGGUUAUGUGAUUGAGUACAUUGAGGUCAAACCUCCUCCGAAGCCUCCAGCACCUGUUGAGGUUGCAGAAGGAGAGGAGGCUCCUCCACCUGCUCCACCCCCUCCCCCACCUUCAGUGGAAGAGGAGAAAGAACCUGAGAAAGAAGUGUGGAACGCCUACACUACAGUGAAAGGUUUGAGUAUCAGCAUCAGUGGCCUGAAGGAAGGCAAGAAGUACAAGUUCAGAGUCGCUGCCAAAAACAUCAUGGGCAUGAGCCUGUUCACCGAGACAAGGGAACCAGUCGAGAUCAAGGAACAGAUGUUGGAACCAAAGAUUGUGAUGCCAGAGACGGCUAGUGCCAGAGCUGGAGCCAAGCUUAGAGUGGAGGCAAUAGUCUCUGGAAAACCUUUACCGAACUGCAAGUGGAUGCGUGGGGAGAAUGCAGUGGUCCCAUCCAGUCGCCUGGCAGUGCAUCAGUCUGGCAACCUGUGUGUGCUGAUCAUCAAAGAUGUAUCAAGAACGGACAGCGGAGAGUACAGUCUGGUUGCUGAGAACAGUUCUGCCAAGGUCACGCAAGCCCUGAAAAUCACCAUCAAAGACAUCCCUGGUCCUCCCGAGGGCCCUGUAGUUAUCAGCGACAUAGACUCUGAUGCCUGCUCCUUUUCCUGGAACAAACCACUGGAGGACGGAGGCAGCAAUAUCACCAACUACGUGGUGGAGAAAUGCGACGUGAGCAGGGGUGACUGGGUGACGGCUCUCUCCUCCUGCCCAAAGCCCAAUUGCAGGCUUGGAAAGCUCAUUCCAGGGAAGGAAUAUGCCUUCCGCAUCCGUGCUGAGAACCGCUACGGUGUGUCAGACUUCAUCCAGUCUGAAAGGAUGGUCGCCAAAUUCCCCUUCGAUGUUCCUAGUGAGCCCCUCAACUGUCACAUCAACAAGACCAACAAGGAUUGUAUGUUUGUCGCAUGGGAUAAGCCUGAGAGCGACGGCGGCAGUCCUAUUACAGGUUACUACAUCGAGCGUAAAGAGAGGAACAGCCUGCUGUGGGUUAAAGCCAAUGAUACAGUUGUCCGCAACACUGAGUACCCUUGUGCCGGCCUCAUAGAAGGCCUGGAGUACACCUUCAGAGUGUCUGCCAUUAACCGUGCUGGCCAGGGCAAACCAAGCAAGAAGACUGAUUUUGUCACAGCCAGAACACCUGUUGACACACCAGGUAAACCAGAGAUCCUGGAUGUUACCAAGAACUCUGUUACUCUGGUUUGGACGCGCCCCAAAAAUGAUGGUGGAAGUAAGAUCAUUGGCUAUUUUGUUGAGGUCACGCGGGUGCCAGGAGACAGUUGGAUGCGCUGCAACACCAGCUGUCAGAAUGUGCCAACAGAAGAGUAUACCGUCAGUGGUCUGGAAAGAGACCUGCAAUACCAAUUCAGGGUUAUCGCUAAAACUGCUGUCAACAUGAGCAAACCCUCUGAGCCCACAGACCCUGUACUUGUCUGCGCAGAGAAUGUUCCUCCCAGAGUAGAGCUCAGUGCCAGGAUGCAAAAAGGUUUCAAGGUGAAGGCUGGAGCCACAGUUCUCCUGGAGGCAGAGGUGUUCGGGAAGCCCAUGCCCAGAGUGACCUGGAAGAGGGGUGAUGACAACCUGAAGUCCUGUGAAGGCCAGGUCAUCACCCAGCAGAGACAUCACUUCCAGUUGGAGAUGACAGGAGUCACCAAAGACCAAACAGGAACUUACACUAUUCUAGCAGAGAAUGCCAGUGGCUCCAAGACUGCUCAGGUUGAGGUCAUUGUUCUGGAUGUACCUGGUGCACCUGUAUGUUCCAAAUAUCUUGAAGUGUUUGCCAGCAGUAUCAAGGUGUCCUGGCAGCCUCCUCUGAAGGAUGGUGGCGCCCCCAUCAGUACUUACAUCAUUGACAAGCGUGAGACUAGCAGAGCAAACUGGGCUCUGGUAUCCAACAAGAUCAAAGGGGAUGUCCUGCAGUUUAACGUGGAGAAGCUGAUUGAGGGUCACGAGUACCAGUUCCGAAUCCGUGCUGAGAACAUGUGGGGUGUUGGAGACGCCCUCAUCACUGACCCUGUCAUCACCAAGAACCCAUUCACUGUCCCUGGUCCCUGCGAGGCUCCAGUGAUCACCAAUGUUACAAAAGAUCAAAUGACCGUGAGCUGGAAAGAGCCUGUCAAUGAUGGAAAGUCCACAAUCCUGGGCUACAUGUUGGAAAAGAAGGAGGUCAAGGGGUUGGAGUGGACUAAAGUGACCAGAAAGCCUAUGACAGAGAGGAGCCUGGAGGUCAAUGGCCUCACAGAGGCAACUGAAUACGAGUUCAGAGUCAUCGCUGUCAACGUGGCAGGACCUGGCAAACCCAGUGAGCCCUCUGAAGGUGUCACUGCCCAAAAUCCUAUCACACCUCCUGGCCCUGUUGUGAACCCUAGUGUGACAGACACCACCUACAGCACCAUCAGUCUUACAUGGGCUGCCCCCGCCAACAAUGGUGGAAGCCCCAUCAUUGGAUACUUGGUGGAGUGUAAGAGGGCCAACACCACUGACUGGAUCCGCUGCAAUGUCCCCAGGAACCUGCAGGAGACCAGCUAUGUUAUCCAAAACCUCAUUAACAAGUCGGAGUACCAGUGUCGCAUCACCGCUGUCAACAAGGUUGGCUUCAGCGAGCCUGUGGAAGUACCAGGCACACAUGUCGCCCAGGAAAUCCUUGUUCCCCCUGAGGCAGAGCUCAGUGCACGUUUGAAGGACGGCCUGGAGUUGCGCGCUGGUGCCACCAUGAGGCUGCAUGCCACCAUCAAGGGUCGUCCUACUCCUAAAGUUACCUGGGCAAAGAUGAACACAAACAUCAAGGAUCGCCAAGGUAUCAUCAUCAAAUCCAGUAACAUCGACACCAUGGUGAUGGUGGAGAAUGUGAACAGAUAUGAUGCCGGCAAAUACAUCCUGAGCCUGGAGAGCUCGGCCGGCAUUAAGACAUACACCGUCGUCGUCAAAGUUCUCGACACUCCCGGUCCACCAGUCAACCUAGUGGUUAAGGAGACUAACAAAGAGAGUUCUUCCAUCUACUGGGACGCUCCUCUGAUUGAUGGUGGCUUUGAGAUCACCCACUACAUUGUUGAGAAGCGUGAAACUGAGAGGAAGGCCUGGUCCAUGGUCUCUAAUGACUGCACCAAGACUGCCUUUGACAUACCAGAUCUGGUUGCUGGUCGAUUCUACUGCUUCAGGGUGUCGGCGGUGAACCGGCUUGGUGCUGGAGAGCACUGUGAGACUGCUGAUUCAGUCAGAGCCACAGAGGAGCCUGGACCGGUCAUGGACUUCAAGACCCUGCUGGUUACUAAGGACUCUUGCACUCUGAGCUGGAAGAAGCCACUCACUGAUGGUGGCAGCCGCAUCACCUGCUACGUGUUAGAAGUUCUCAAUGGUGAUGACAAAUACAAAGAGCUGAUGAGGUCCAAGAAUAUGCAGUACAGUGCCAAGGACCUGGUGGAGGACAGAGAGUACAAGUACAGAGUCAAGGCUGUGAACGAUUCGGGAGAAAGCUCCCCCAGGGAGCUGAUGGUGGUUGCCAAGGACCAGAUCAUUCCUCCAAGCUGUGACUUGAGGGAGCUUCCUGACAUGUGCUACAUUGCCAAGGAGGGCAGCACCAUUCGUCUUAAGAUCCCUAUCAUCGGCAAACCUACGCCAAAGGUCUCCUGGAAGAAGGGAGAUGAUGAAGAUCUGACAGACACCGGUCGCAUAUGUGCCGAGUCUUCUGCAGUUAAUACCACCCUCCUGAUCAGAGACUGUCAGAGAAGUGAUGCUUCCAAGUACACCAUCACCUUGAGGAACAGCGCUGGAAGCAAGGAGUCCACCAUCUUCAUCAGGGUGGUGGGUAAACCUGGCAUCCCCAUCGGACCUAUUAAGUUCAAAGAUAUUACUGCUGAUGGUACUACUCUGAAGUGGGGUGUUCCCAAGGAUGAUGGUGGUUCAGAUAUCACAAACUACAUCUUGGAGAAGAGGGACUCUAUCACCAAAAUGUGGGUGACAGUGUGCUCUGCUGUGGCAGAGCACACUAUGAGGGUAACCGGUCUCCAUGAGGGCACAGAGUACAUCUUCAGAGUCUGUGCUGAGAACAAGUACGGUGUUGGAGAAGGACUCAAGUCUGAUCCCAUUGUGGCCAAACAUCCCUUCAAUGUUCCCGAUGCUCCUCCUCCUCCUCAGAUCAUGAGCAUGCGUCACGACUCUGCUUACCUGGCCUGGUCCGAUCCUAGAAAGACCGGAGGGUCUCCGAUCACAGGCUACCAUCUUGAGUUCAAGGAGAGGAACAGUAUGUUGUGGAAAAGAGCAAGCCCUGCUGCCUUGAAGAUGAAGGAACACAAAGUAACCGGGCUGACUGAAGGUCUAGAGUACGAGUUCAGGGUCAUGGCAAUCAAUCUUGCUGGUAUCGGCAGACCAAGCGCUCCCACUGACCCACAAGUUGCAUUGGAUCCUAUUGAUGCCCCAGGUAAACCUGACGUGAUUAGCAUCACACUGAGCACCGUGACCCUCCAGUGGACUGAGCCAGAGUUUGACGGCGGCCACCGACUGACUGGGUACAUCGUUGAGAGGCGUGAUCUGCCAUCUAAGAUCUGGGUGAAGGCCAAUCAUGUGAAUGUUGUGGACCCUGCAUACACUGUCAUUAAUCUACAAGAGGGUUGCAAAUAUGAGUUCAGGAUCAGGGCCAAGAAUGCUGCUGGUGCUCUUAGCCCGCCCUCUGAGCAGACAGACACAAUCAUCUGCAGAGAUGAAUAUGCUGCUCCUACCAUUAUCAUUGAUGCUCAUGUGAUGGAAGGUCUGACGGUCAGAGCUGGUGACACCAUUGUCAUUACUGCCACAAGCAUUUUAGGCAAACCUGUGCCAACCUCCUGCUGGUCAAAGGGAGGGAAGUACUUUAAACCCUCUGAACUUGUUCACAUUGAGACCACUCCAACUUCCUCCACACUCUCUGUUAAAUAUGCCAGUAGAAAGGACUCUGGAGAGUACACAAUCACUGCUAGCAACCCUUUCGGUGUGAAGGAGGAAAAUGUCAAGGUCAAAGUCUUGGAUGUCCCUGGUGCUCCCGGGCCCAUUGAAUGCAGCGGCAUCUCUUCUGAGAAAGUGACUCUUACAUGGACGGCUCCUACUGAGGAUGGAGGCUCACCUAUCAAAUAUUACACCUUAGAGAAAAGGGAGACCAGCCGUCUGCUUUGGACUAUCCUAGAGGAGAAGGUCCUUGACUGCCACUAUGUGGCCAAAAAGCUCAUCCAGGGCAACGAGUAUUUCUUCAGAGUCUCUGCUGUGAACCAGUAUGGUACCAGUGAGCCGUCUCACUCCGAGGCUGUCAAAAUGGUUGAUAGAUUUGGUCCUCCCGGUCCGCCAUCCAAACCAGAGGUUGAGAAAGUAGAUGGACAUUCAGUGACUGUGACCUGGAGAAGACCAGCUGAGGAUGGGGGAAGUGACAUCAUAGGUUACUGUGUUGAGAAGAAGGAGAGGAAGGGUAUGAGAUGGGUCAGGGCCUCCAAGAAACCUGUCGCUGAGCUCAGCUUCAACAUCACUGGACUAACUGAGGGCAUUGAGUAUGAGUUCCGUGUUCUUGCUGAGAACAAAGCCGGGUUUGGAGAGCCAAGUGAACCAUCCAUGCCAGUCAGAACAAUAGUUGCUGCCUAUGUGCCUGGACCUCCUGUCAAUCCAAGAGUUACAGACACAACCAAGACCACUGCGACCCUGAACUGGGGAAAGCCUCUUGAUAAUGGUGGUCUUGAAGUCACUGGGUAUGUGAUUGAGCAUAAGAAGGAUGGAACAGAAGACUGGAUCAAGGAUACCUCUCUUCUGAGGAUCACAGAGUUUGUUGUUCCUCAGUUGGAAACAGGAGCAAAAUACCUCUUCAGAAUCAGUGCUGUGAAUGCCAAGGGGGUGGGCAAACCUGCUGAAACCCAGGAGCUGGUAGAUAUUGUAGAGCGUGCAGCUGAGCCAGACUUGGAGCUGGAUGUUGAGCUGAGAAGAACGCUUGUUGUCAGAGCUGGCUGCUCCAUUCGCCUCUUUGUGCCAAUCAGAGGACGUCCUGCGCCCACAGUCACCUGGACAAAGGAGGGCGGUCCAGUCCCACGUGCAGUCAUUGAUAGCACUGAGUCAUUUACAAUGCUGCUCAUUCCUGAGAGUUCCAGGAUUGAUGCUGGCAAAUAUGAGCUUACCCUAGAGAACACUGCUGGAAAGAAGAGUGCUGAUAUUCAUGUGAGAGUUCUUGAUUCACCUGGGCCUCCUCUGAACCUGAAACCACUCAAAAUUGACAAGGAAAGCAUAACUCUUCAGUGGGAGAUGCCGCUGAUUGAUGGAGGAGCCAAAAUCACAAACUACAUUAUUGAAAAGAGAGAAUCGACACGCAAGGCUUUUGCCACUGCUGUAACAAAGUGUCCGCACACUUCAGUCAGGAUUGGAGAGCUAGGCGAAGGCUGCGAGUAUUAUUUUAGAGUGUCUGCUGAGAAUGAGUAUGGCAUUGGUGAGGCGGUCGAAACUACAGAGCCAAUCCGUGCAUCACAGGCACCAACUCCUCCAGAGAGUAUUAUUCCUACAGAUAUCACCAAGAACUCUGUGAGCCUGGCUUGGACCAAACCCAAGCACGAUGGUGGAAGCAGAAUCUCAGGAUAUGUCCUGGAAGCCCAGAAAAAGGGAACCGAUCAGUGGUCCCACAUAACAACAGCCAAGACCAUGGAUUUUACAGUGAAGAAUCUGAACGAGAAUGAGGAGUACAUUUUCCAUGUAAUGGCUGUCAACCAAUCAGGUAGAAGUGCUCCACGCGAGAGCAAACCCAUCAUUGUAAAGGAUUCUACUUCUCUUCCUGAGUUCGACCUGCGUGGCAUAUGUCGCAAAACUAUUAUCGCUAAGGCAGGAGAAGACAUCAAGGUUGAAAUUCCAGUUAUGGGACGUCCUCGACCAACCAUCUCCUGGCAAAAAGACAAUGCAGCCUUCAAGCCUACGCAAAGAACCAAUGCAGAAACCACUGCUGCUACAGUAAUCCUCAGCAUCAAUGAAUGUAACAGGGCUGACAGUGGUGUGUACACCAUGACAGGAAAGAACAUUGUUGGCUCUGUGACAGAUAACAUUACAGUGAAAGUACAUGAUGUACCUGGGCCACCCAAAGGACCAGUUGCGAUUUUGGAGAUAUCCCGUACUUACUGCAUCUUUACAUGGGAUCCUCCUGAGAAUAACGGAGGUGUUCCGAUCACUAACUAUGUGGUUGAGAUAAGAGACACCACCUCCCAGACUUGGACAGAACUGUCUUCCUCUGUUAUUCGUACAGUCUUCAAAGCCAUCCGGUUAACGACUGGGUCAGAGUACCAGUUCAGGGUAAAGGCCAAGAACAGAUAUGGCGUUGGACCUCCCAUCACCUCAGAGUCAGUGGUAGCUGGUUAUCCAUUCAAAGUCCCCGGACCUCCUGGUACUCCAGGAGUUGUAGCAUUUACCAAGGACUCCAUAACAAUCGGCUGGAAUGAGCCAGUGACGGACGGAGGUAAUGAAGUCAUCGGCUAUCACGUUGAAAGGAAAGAAAGAAGCGGUAUAGUGUGGCAAAAGAUCAGCAAGGGUCUUGUGAAAGGAAACAUCUUUAAAUCCUCUGGGCUUGAAGAUGGAUCUGCCUAUGAAUUCCGUGUCAUGGCUGAAAACUUGGCUGGAAUUGGUAAACCCAGCAAAGCCUCAGAAGCAAUACUGGCCUUGGACCCUGUAGAUCCACCAGGCCAACCUGUCCCAAUAUUUGUCAGCAAGAAUGUCAUCACUAUUCAGUGGACAAAGCCCGAGUAUGAUGGUGGAUUUAAAAUCACUGGCUACACAGUGGAGAAGAGAGAACUACCGACCGGCCGCUGGAUCAGGGCUAACUUCACUAACAUUAUCGAGACAAUUUUUACCGUCAGUGGACUGACUCAGGAUUUGUCCUACGAGUUCCGUGUCACAGCCAGAAACUCAGCAGGUGCAGUUAGCAUUCCUUCUGAGCCCUCUGACCCGAUCCUCUGCAAAGAUGAUAUUAUUGAACCACGCAUUAUGGUCGAUGCCAUCUUUAAGGAUGUUGUUUUACUGAAGGCUGGAGAGUCCUUCAAACUUGAUGCUGACAUUGCUGGUCAACCAACACCAUCUAUGGUUUGGACCAAGAAUGGAAAAGAGGUUGAAAACACAAUGAAACUGGAAGUUAAGUUCACUGAACUGACAACCACACUGACCAACAAGGACUCCAUCAGGUCAGAUGGAGGAGAGUUUGUGUUGACAGCCACUAAUGUAGGUGGAUUUGCAAAGCAUAUCUUUAAAGUUAAAGUGCUUGACAGACCUGGACCACCAGUUGGACCCCUUGAAGUAUCUAAUGUCACAGCUGAAACCUGUGUGCUGACAUGGGCUCGACCUGCAGAUGAUGGCGGUGCUAAGAUUGAAGGAUAUGUGAUUGAGAAACGCGAGUCUAGCAGACUGGUUUGGACCAAUGUGGUUUCAGACCUACAAGUUACACAAUACAAGGUGACCAAGCUGCUCAAAGGAAAUGAAUACAUCUUCAGAGUUAUGGCUGUAAACAAAUAUGGACUUGGUGAGUCCCUUGAGUCACAACCCACUAUUGCUGAUAAUCCAUAUAGGGUUCCAGAUCCUCCAGAGAAUCCUGAGGUGACAGCUAUCACUAAAGAUUCAAUGGUCCUUAUGUGGCAAGCACCUAAGUGUGAUGGCGGAACUCCCAUCACUAACUACAGCAUUGAAAGAAAAGACAGAAUUGGCCUCCGCUGGAUCAAAUGCAACCAAAGGAAGAUCAAAGAUCUUCAGUUCAGGGUGACUGGCCUCGUUGUUGGACAUGAAUAUGAAUUCAGGGUAAUUGCUGAGAAUGCUGCUGGAGUGAGUGCACCAAGUGUCUCCAGUCCAUUCUACAAGGCAACUGAUGGUCUGUACAAACCAGGGCCACCAUGUAACCCCAGAAUCCUGGACACAACCAAGUCCUCAAUUACUGUUGCCUGGAACAAACCUGUUUAUGAUGGUGGCUCUGACAUCACUGGCUACAUUGUUGAGACCUGCAUCCCAUCUGAAAAGGUGGAGGAGGAUGAGUGGACCAUUGUGACACCCAAAGAAGGUCUUCUUGCUACCUCAUUCACCAUUGUUAACUUGAAGGAGAACCAGGAGUACAAAAUCAACAUCUCUGCUGUCAACAGCGAGGGAAUCGGAGAGGCAGCAUCUGUGCCUGAUAAUGCCAAGGCAGAGGAUAGGCUCCUCCCACCUGAAAUGGAUUUGGAUGUUGAACUCCGCAAAGUUAUCAGUGUUAGAGCUUGCUGCUCAGUUAGACUCUUUGUUCCUAUCAGAGGCAGACCAACUCCUCAGGCCAAAUGGACAAAAGGAGAUGGUGAGCCUAUUGAGAGGGCAACCAUUGACAGCACAACAUCAUAUACAUUACUUGUGAUUGAAAAUGUCAACAGAUUUGACAGUGGAAAGUACAAUCUUACAAUUGAAAACAGCUCUGGCUCCAAGACUGCUACAGUUCAAGUCAGGGUGCUGGAUACACCAAGUGCCCCACAGAAUUUGAAGAUAACUGCUGUAACCAAGGAGGCCGUCACACUGACGUGGGAUCCACCAGUAAAUGAUGGAGGGGUUAAGAUUAAGAAUUAUAUUGUUGAAAAACGUGAGUCCACGAGGAAAGCAUAUGCCACAGUCAAUGCUCUCUGCUAUCACACAACCUUCACUGUUGGCCAACUCCUGGAAGGAUGCAACUAUUACUUUAGAGUUUUGGCUGAAAAUGAAUAUGGUAUCGGUUUGCCCAUUGAGACUGGUGAAUCAGUUAAAGUGUCUGAGAAACCACAGCCUCCUGGAAAAAUCACCCUGAAGGAUGUUACCAAAAACAGUGUCAUUCUGACUUGGGAGAAGCCAGAACAUGAUGGUGGCAGCAGAAUCGGCUGUUACGUUGUUGAGAUCCAGCCUAAGGGUGUUGAUAAGUGGACCCAGGCCAUGAUUGUGAAGGAAACGGAAGCUACAAUCAGUGGACUCAAUGCUGGUGAAGAAUACAUGUUCCGAGUUGCAGCAAGAAAUGAGAAGGGAACAAGCGACCCACGUCAAAUUGGGGUACCUGUGAUUGUAAAGGAUCUUGUGUUUGCACCUGUUGCCAAAUUGUUAUUCAACACAUUUAGUGUGUUGGCAGGAGAAGACCUAACAGUGGAGGUUCCAUUUGUUGCUCGUCCCAAAGCAGCUAUCUCCUGGAUAAAAGAUGGUCAGCCUCUGAAAAGAACUACCAGAGUAAACUUUGAUUCUACAGACACAGUGCUGAGCCUUCACAUUAAAGAGGCCAUUAAAGAUGACGUUGGACGCUACCACAUAACUCUGACCAACACAGCUGGCGAGACAACUGCAGAUAUCAACAUUGUUGUUCUCGACAAACCAGGCCAGCCAGGUGGUCCAGUUAAGGUUGAAGAGGUCACGUCUGACAGCAUAACAAUCUCCUGGAUCCCACCAGAGUAUGACGGUGGCUGCACCAUCAAAAACUACAUUGUAGAAAAAAGAGACACAUCCACAACUACCUGGAUGGUUGUAUCUCCUAACCUUGCAAGGACCAAACUGAAGGUGGGCAGACUGAAGUGUGGCACUGAAUAUCAGUUUAGAAUAACAGCUGAAAACAGAUAUGGAAAAGGCCCAACUCUGCAAUCAGAGUGUAUCGUGGCACAAUACCCCUAUAAGGUCCCAGGACCCCCAGGAACACCAUCCAUUGCCACCUGGACGAAGGACAGCAUGGUUGUGGCCUGGAACGAGCCUGUUAAUGAUGGUGGAAGUUCUGUCUUGGGCUACCAUCUUGAACGUAAAGAGAGAAAUAGCAUUCUGUGGGUCAAACUUAACAAGUCUCUUAUUACGGACCAAACCUUCAAGUCCACUGGUUUGGAACCAGGAAUGGAGUAUGAGUACAGAGUUUAUGCUGAAAACAUUGUUGGAAUAGGCAAAGUUAGCAAAGUGUCUGAGGGUCAUGUUGCUCGAGAUCCAUGUGAUCCUCCUGGCACCCCAGAGGCAGCAAAGAUCACCAAGGACUCUAUUACCAUUGUUUGGACCAAACCGGAAUACGAUGGUGGUGCAAAGGUUACAGGCUACAUUGUAGAAAAGAAGGAGCUUCCUGAAGGUCGUUGGCAAAAGGCUAACUUUACAAACAUCAUUGAGACAGAAUAUGUUGCAACUGGACUUGUGCAGGACAAUCAGUAUGAGUUCCGUGUUAUAGCAAGAAAUGCAGCUGGUGUUUUCAGUUUGCCCUCUUACAGCACUGGUCCAAUCACUGCCAGGGAUGAGAUUGAACCACCACGUAUCAGCAUUGACCCUGAGUACUCCAAGACCAUUCUGGUUAAUGCUGGAGACAACUUUAAGAUAGAUGCAGAUGUUCAGGGGAAACCACUACCCUCUAUCCACUGGAUGAAAGCAGAGCAGGAACUUGGCAACUCCAUUCACAGAGAGAUUAAGAACACACCCACCAGAGCUUAUAUAUCUGUCAAGGAAGCAAAACUUUCUGAUGGGGGCCAAUACACUCUGCUAUUGAAAAAUCCAGGAGGUGAAAAAUCUGUACAGGUCAAUGUGGUUGUUUUAGAUAAGCCCGGAGAACCUCUAGGACCUCUUACAAUUACAGGCAUUGCUAAAGACCGAUGCUGCCUUGCAUGGAAACCACCAGUACAAGAUGGUGGCAGCAAAAUUUCUCACUAUGUUGUGGAAAGGAGAGAGACAAGCAGAUUAGUCUGGACUGUAGUUAGUCCAAAAGUAGAGAACAUUUAUUUGAAGGUCACUAAGCUCUUGGAAGGAAAUGAGUACAUUUUCAGAGUCCAUGCUGUUAACCAGUUUGGAGUGGGUGCACCACUUGAGUCUGCUCCUGUCAUAAUCAAAGAUCCAUAUUUUCCCCCUGGAUCACCCAAGAGUUUAGAGGUUACAGAAAUUAAGAAAGAUUCAAUGUUGCUCACCUGGGAGGCUCCUUCUGAAGAUGGUGGCAGUCCCAUCACUGCAUAUAUCAUUGAGAAACAUGACAAAGAUGGCAUACGAUGGACCAGAUGCAACAGAACAUCUGUCACUGACUUGACAUUCAAGGUCACUGGACUUAUGGAGAAUCAUAUUUAUGAGUUCAGAGUUACUGCUGAAAAUGCAGUUGGUGUAGGUGAACCAAGCUCCCCAACUGUAUUCUACAAAGCUCUUGAUCCCAUCUUCAAGCCAGGCCCACCACACAAUCCAAGAGUUACUGACUCAACAAAGACAUCUGUGUUGCUUUCCUGGGGCAAGCCUGCCAAUGAUGGAGGCAGUGAGAUUCAGGGAUAUAUUGUUGAAUGCUGCACUACCACCAUGCCAGUUGAGGUACCUGCUGAAGCCUCAGCUCCUGAGGCACCUGCAACUGAUGCACCUCCUGAGGAGUGGAUAAUGUGCACACCACCAACAGGUGUCAAGAAGACUAAAUUUGAAGCUGCAAAUCUGAAAGAAAACCAGGCAUACAAAUUUAGAGUAUGUGCCAUCAACAAAGUUGGAGUCGGUGAGCAUGCAGAUGUUUCUGGAGCUGUUGUUGCCCAUGACAGAGCAGAAGAGCCAGACCUUGACAUUGACCCAGAACUGAGAAAGAUUGUGAUCAUUAGAGCUGGACUCUCCCUUAGGCUGUUUAUCCCAAUCAAAGGAAGGCCCACUCCAACACUGAAGUGGGAUAAGGAUGAAGCUUCUCUCAAAGAGACCGCUCAGAUUGAGGUGACCAGCAGUUACACAUCCCUCGUAAUUGACAAGAUGAGCAGAAGUGACAGUGGAAAAUACACAGUCACUGCAGAAAACUCCAGUGGAACCAAAUCAGCAUUUGUCGUAGUCCGUGUUCUCGACACACCAAGUGCUCCUGUUCACCUGAAAGUGCAAGAAAUCACUAACCAGUCAGUGACAUUGGUGUGGGAACCACCUCUGUUGGAUGGUGGAUCCAAGAUCAAGAACUACAUUGUUGAAAAGCGAGAAAGCACACGCAAAACAUUUGCAGCUGUUGUAACAAACUGUCACAAGCUUUCGUGGAAGAUUGACCCACUCCAGGAGGGUUGCAGUUACUUUUUCCGUGUUAUGGCAGAGAAUGCAUAUGGUGUUGGCCUUCCUGCAGCAACUGCUGAUGCUCUUAAGGUGUCGGAGGUACCUCAGGCUCCAAAGAACUUAAUUGUUACUGACCAAACCAAAACAAGCAUCUCUUUGGCCUGGGAAAGACCAGAGUAUGAUGGUGGUAGCAGAGUCAUGCAGUACCUGCUUGAGGCGAGGCUUAAGGGCCAGGAUAAGUGGUCUGCUGUUAACACAUUUAAGACAUUGGAGGCUACAGUUUCCAAUCUCAACCCUGGACAAGAGUACCUCUUUAGAGUUACAGCAGUCAAUGAUAAGGGCAAGAGUGAUCCCAAAGUUCUUGCUGGGCCAGUUAUGACCAAGGAUUUGGUGUUUGAGCCUGAUGUCCGACCACAGUUCAGCAGCUACAGUGUCCAUGUGGGCAAAGACCUGCAUGUUGACAUUCCCAUUUAUGGACGUCCUAAACCGGCAGUCUCAUGGAAUAAAGAUGGUGCUCCUCUGAAGUUCACUACUAGAGUUAACAUUCAGAAUACACCCACACACACAACACUCAGCAUAAAGGAGGCAGCAGGUGAUGAUGGUGGUAUGUACAGUAUCAAUGUUGCCAACUCUGCUGGAAAGAAGGACACAACUGUUGAAGUCAUAGUGCUUGACAAACCUGGCCCUCCAUCUGGCCCAGUGAGGUUCGAUGAAAUCACAACACAGAGUGUUACUAUUUCAUGGGACCCACCAAAACACAAUGGUGGUUGUCAGAUCUCAAAUUAUGUUGUGCAAAAGAGAGAUACUACUACUACGACAUGGGAGAAUGUCAGCACUAAUUGUGCCAGAACCACCAUAAAGGUGUCGAGACUGAAGACUGGAGCUGAGUACCAGUUCAGGAUCAUUGCUCAGAAUCGCUACGGCAAGAGUCAUGGCCUGGACUCCUCCACUGUGGUGGCUCAGUACCCAUACAGAGAGCCCGGCCCUCCAGGCACUCCUUUCAUUGCUUCUCUCUCCAGGGACCACCAGAUCGUUGAAUGGCAUGAGCCUGUCACAGAUGGCGGCAGUCCUGUUCUUGGGUAUCACCUUGAAAGAAAAGAGAGAAACAGCAUUCUCUGGGUCAAGAUCAACAAGACACUUAUUCAUGAGACUGUGUUUAAAAGUUAUCCAUUGGAGGAGGGUAUUGAGUAUGAGUACAGGGUUUAUGCCGAAAACAUUGUUGGCAUUGGCCGAUGCAGUAAAGUCUCAGAGGGCUGCAUUGCCCGUGACCCAUGUGAUCCUCCUGGUAUGCCAGAGGCCAUCCAUGUGACCAAAGAUACCAUUGUCAUUCAGUGGACUAAACCUGAGUAUGAUGGUGGCAGCAAUAUAACAGGCUAUAUUGUGGAGAAGCGUGAUCUGCCAGAGGGCAGGUGGGGCAGGGCGAACUUUACCAAUGUGAUUGAGACCCAAUUUACUGUAACUGGACUGACUGAGAAUGCUCAGUAUGACUUUAGAGUUAUUGCUAAAAAUGCUGUUGGCACCGUUAGCAAGCCAUCCUACAACAGUGGGCCAAUCACUGCAAGUGACAAGGUUGAGGCACCCAAAUACUCCAUUGACCCUGCAUUCACCAAGACCAUUGUCAUCAAUGCUGGGGAGUCAUUUAAGCUUGACGCUGAUGUCCGUGGAAAACCGCUGCCUAUGAUCCAGUGGUUCAAGGAUGAAAAACCAAUUGAAAACACAUUCAGGCUAGAGAUCAAAAACACAGAAAACCAUGCAAUGAUUGUCGUCAAAGACUGUGUCAGGAUUGAUGGCGGACUUUAUGUGCUUCAGCUGAUUAACGAGGCUGGCAGUGAAACAGUGCCAUUUAAGGUUUUGGUGCUUGACAGACCCAGCCCAUGUGAAGGACCGCUCCGCAUCACUGGAGUUGCUGAAGACAGAUGCACACUUUCAUGGCGUGCCCCUCUAAAUGAUGGAGGAAGUCCUAUCAAACAUUACAUCAUCGAAAGAAGAGAAACCAGUCGUCUUGCUUGGACUGUGGUUUCCAACUCCUGUGACACUUCGUGCUACAGAAUCACCAAAUUACUUGAAGGUGAUGAAUACAUGUUCAGAGUCAUGGCAGUUAACAGUCAUGGUGUCAGUGAUCCACUGACAUCUGGAGGAGUGAUUAUGAAGACUCCAUUUGUUCCUCCUGGUCCACCGCACAUAGAGGAUGUGUACAACAUUACACAUGAUGGCAUGACCGUCACCUGGUCUGCCCCAGAGUCCGAUGGUGGCAGUGAGAUUAUCAAUUACAUUAUUGAAAAGAAGGACAGAACUGGAAUUAAAUGGACUAGGUGCAACAGACAGAAGAUUACUGACCUCUCCUUCAGAGUCACAGGACUUACCACAGGCCACCAAUACGAGUUUAGAGUGGCAGCAGAAAAUGCAGUUGGAGUUGGAGAGCCAAGCCUUCCAAGUUCAAACUACAAGGCCUCCGAUCCAAAAUACAAACCUGGUGCCCCAGCAUAUGUGAAUGUAACUGACUCUACUAAGAGUUCUAUCACAGUGUCAUGGGGUAAGCCUCUGUCUGAUGGUGGCAGUGCCAUUCAAGGCUACAUUGUUGAGGUUUGCAAGGCUGAAGUGGAGGAAUGGACCAUGGUUACUCCCCCCACUGGCCUACGUGUUAACAAAUAUGAAAUUACCAAACUUACUGAGGGUCAGGAGUACAAGAUCCAGGUGUGUGCUCUAAACAAACUAGGAGUUGGUGAGCCAGCAGUUCUCCCUGGAACAGCAAAGCCAGAUGAAAGAGUGGAUCCGCCAGAGAUCCACCUGGACUCUGAGCUAAGGAAGGGCAUCACUGUGAAAGCUGGUGCUUCUGUUAGAGUCCAUAUUCCAUUUAAGGGCAGGCCAACACCUGAGAUUAGGUGGACUAAGGAUGAGAAAGCCCUAACUGAAAAGGCAGUGGUUGAGAAGGCUCUAAACUUCACACAGCUAUCUAUUGACUCAUGUGACAGAGGUGACUCCGGAAAAUACAUCCUUACCCUGACCAACAGCAGUGGCUCUGUAUCUGAGGUUGUGGCAGUUAAAGUCCUGGACACACCUGGAGCCCCACAAAAUCUGGUUGUUAAAGACAUCAAAAAGGACUCUGUCACGCUCGUAUGGGAUGUCCCACUUAUUGAAGGAGGUUCCAAAAUCAAGAACUACGUCAUUGACAAACGUGAAUCAACCAAGAAGGCAUAUGCAAAUGUGUCCACUAAGUGCAGUAAGACAACAUUCAGAGUUGAGAACUUGAUCGAAGGAGCCUUAUAUUACUUCAGAGUCAUGGCUGAGAAUGACUAUGGAGUUGGCCAAGCUGUUGAAACAAAGACAGCAUCAAAGGCCUCCGAGGUACCUCUGCCAGUUGGAAAAAUCUUCCUCACAGAUGUCACUAAGGCCAGUGCCUCAUUAGCCUGGGAGAAACCUGAACAUGAUGGAGGCAGCAGAAUUGGUGGUUACCUGAUUGAGAUGCAGCCUAAAGGUACAGAUAAGUGGGGAGUUGCCACAAACACAAAGACAUGUGAGGGCACUGCCACAGGACUCACACCUGGAAAAGAAUACCUAUUCCGUAUCAUUGCAUACAAUGAAAAGGGAAAGAGUGAGCCGAAGGCUCUUGCUGCACCUGUUGUUGCCAGUGACAUGACAAUUGAGCCAAGCAUAAAGAUGCAAUUCAACACAUACAGUGUGCUGUCUGGUAAAGAUCUAAAGUUGGAGUUUGCUGUUCUUGGCAGGCCGAAGCCUAAAGUCACCUGGUCCAAGGAUGGUCAGACUCUUAAUGUUACAUCCAGAGUCAGUGUGGCAAACACUGAAGCAACAACUGCAAUUCACAUUACUGAAGCUUGCAAGGAUGAUUUUGGGAAAUAUUCGAUCACAGCAACCAGCAGUGCUGGUACUGUAACAGAGGAUGUGACUAUCAUUGUCCUUGACAAGCCCGGUCCUCCAGUAGGCCCAGUCAAGAUUGUUGAAGUGAGCAACACCUUUGUCCAUCUUGCCUGGGAGCCUCCAGCAUACACAGGUGGAUGCCAAGUUAAGAACUAUAUCGUGGAGAAGAGAGAUACAACCACCACAGUAUGGCAGGCUGUUACCACACAGCUUGCUAGAACAGCAUUCAAGGUCACCAAGCUGAAAACAGGUGCAGAAUACCAGUUUAGGAUUACAGCUGAGAACAGAUACGGAAAGGGUGCUCCUUUGGACUCCAAGUCCAUUGCUGUGCAAUACCCAUACAAGCCACCAGGGCCUCCAGGAACUCCAAAUGUCAAGUCUGCAACUAAGGAAAUGAUGAUCAUUGAAUGGAAUGAGCCAGUCAAUGAUGGUGGCAGCUCAGUCAUUGGUUACCACCUGGAGAGCAAAGAGAGGACCAGCAUUCUUUGGAACAAACUGAACAAGACUCUUAUCACUGAUACUCAGUUUAAGAUCUGUAAUCUUGAGGAGGGUAUUGGAUAUGAGUUCAGAAUUUAUGCUGAAAAUAUUGUUGGAAUCGGUAGAUGCAGUAAAGUGUCUGAGUCCUUUGUUGCUCGUGACCCAUGUGAUCCUCCUGGUUCUCCUGAAGCUGUGUCUAUUUCCAAAAAUCUCAUUAAGAUUCAGUGGACCAAGCCUCAAUAUGACGGUGGCAGCAACGUGAAUGGAUAUAUCGUGGAAAGAAAAGAUCUGUCCUCCCCUGAGGGACGCUGGGUAAGAGAAAACUUCAUUAACAUCAUUGAGACAGAGUACACCAGCACCGGUCUGACAGAGAACGAGCAGUAUGAAUUCAGAGUUAUUGCAAGAAAUGCAGCAGGAGUCUUCAGUGAACCAUCUGACAGCUCUGGACCUAUCACCGCAAUUGAUGAAAUUCAACCACCACGGGCCUCAAUGGAUCCCAAAUACAAGGAUGUCAUUGUUGUAAAUGCUGGAGAACACUUGGUUCUUGAUGCAGACAUUCAUGGAACACCAAUCCCCAAUGUUGCUUGGCUAAAGGAGGGUAAGGAAAUUGAUAAAGCCCUGCGCAUUGAGGUGAAAACCACACAGAAACGUGCAACCAUAACCAUCAAGGAUGUCACCAAGCUCGACAGUGGCCACUAUGACCUUGUCCUCAAAAAUCUAGGUGGUACAAAAACUUUCCCCAUCACUGUCAAGGUUCUUGAUAAACCGGGUCCACCCACUGGACCCAUGAAAGUGACAGGAGUCAUGUCUGACAAGUGCAUCCUUGCUUGGGCUGAGCCCACUCUAGAUGGUGGUGCGAAUAUCACUCACUAUGUCUUGGAGAAGAGGGAGACCAGCAGGUUGUCCUGGACAGUGGCUGCACAAAAUAUCAAGAGUCUGUACCAUAAAGUAACAAGUCUGCUCGCUGGAGAUGAAUACAUUUUCAGGGUCAGGGCAGUGAACAAAUAUGGCAUUGGUGAUUAUCUGGAAAGUGAGCCCAUAAUUGCACGCAAUCCAUACAAGCCACCAAGUGCACCUGGAACUCCAGAGGCCAGUCAGAUCACAAAGGACUCCAUGGUUCUGUCAUGGACUGCUCCAGAACAGACUGGUGGAGCUGAUAUUGAGGGUUAUCACCUUGAGAAACGUGACAAAGAUAGUGUCAGGUGGACUAAAUGCAACAAACAAAAGCUGAUAGACACCCACUUCAAGGUCAUAGGUCUGAUGACGGAUCACUUCUAUGAGUUCCGUGUUGCUGCUGAAAAUCAGGCUGGAAUAGGAGACCUAAGUGAAUUAUCCCUCUUCUACAGAGCAUGCAAUGCAACAAUGCCACCUGGGCCUCCACAUCAUCCUAAGGUGACGGACUACACAAAGUCCUCUGUAUCUCUGUCAUGGGGCAAACCAGACUUUGACGGUGGUGCCUAUGUCAAGGGCUACAUCAUUGAAAUGAGGGAGUAUACACCAGUACCUGAAUCCACAGAGGAGGCAGAAGUAGCACCAGCAGUAGAGGUGCCAGCUGAAAAAGAAUGGGCUAUGUGCACUCCACCUACAGGUAUUCAAGUCACUAAACUCACUAUCACAGACCUGAAGGAGGGUGGAGAGUACCAGUUCCGCAUCUGUGCCAUCAACUCUGAGGGAGUUGGAGAGGCAGCAAAUGUACAUGGCACAGUGGUUACCUCUGACAGGGCGGAGGCACCGGAGAUCGAGCUGGAUGCAGAUCUCAGGAAGGUGGUGUCAGUCCGUGCAGGUGGAACUCUGCGUCUGUUUGUCACCAUCAGAGGAAGACCCGAACCUACUGUCAAAUGGGAGAAAGUUGAGGGUACCUUUACAGAGCGAGCCACAGUCGACACUACCCGUUCCUAUACCAUGCUAGUCAUUGACAACGUCAACCGAUUCGACAGUGGAAAAUACUCACUUACACUGGAGAACAGCAGUGGUACAAAAUCUGCGAUUGUUGCGGUGAGAAUCCUGGAUACACCAAGUGCAGCACAAAACUUUGCCGUGAAGGAGCUGAAGAAGGAUUCAGUGAUUCUUGCUUGGGAUACUCCACUCACUGAUGGUGGGGCUAAAAUCACAAACUACAUUGUAGAGAAAAGAGAGUCUGUCAGAAAGGCCUAUACUACUGUCACCAGCAACUGCACAGCCAACUCAUUCAAGAUUGAAGAUCUGCCUGAGGGUGGCAUUUUCUACUUUAGAGUCUGUGCCGUGAAUCAAUAUGGCCAAGGACAGAUGGUUGAAACCAAAGAAAUCAAAGUAGCUGAAGUACCUCUGCCACCUAGCAACAUUACCCUAGCUGAUUUGACAAAGACCAGUGUGACAUUGGCAUGGGACAAACCUGCCCAUGAUGGGGGAAGUAAAGUAAUGUGUUACAAUGUUGAAUUCAAGCCUAAGAGUGGAGAUAAAUGGGGCACGGCAUGCACAGUCAAGGUGCCUGAAGCAACUAUUUCUAAUCUGACUCCCAAUGAAGCCUAUCUUUUCAGAGUUGUUGCAAUCAAUGAGAAAGGAAAAAGUGAACCAAAGGAGUUUGGCUUGCCAGUGACUGCAAAGGAUGUUGCAAUUGAACCCACCGCCCACCUACUGUUUACUACAUACAGUGUGAAGGCUGGAGAUGACCUAACUAUUGAGGUUCCAGUAAGAGGUAGGCCAAAACCUGUGGUAUCUUGGAAGAAGGAUGCUCUCCCUCUCAAGCAAACAUCAUCAGUGACCAUCUUAAACACUGCAACCUCAUCCAAAAUACUCAUCAAAGAGGCUAAAAGAGAACAUGUUGGCAAAUACGAGAUAACCCUAGCCAACAGCGCAGGAACCGUGACAACUGAUAUUGGAGUGGUUGUGCUUGAUAAACCAAGUCCACCCACAAGCAUUAAGGUGGACUCUGUGACGUCAGACAGCAUAACACUGUCCUGGUCACCUCCUGACUAUGAUGGUGGCUGCUCCAUCAGUAACUACAUUGUAGAGAAGAGAGACACAAACACACAAGAAUGGCAAAUGGUAGCAAGUAAUGUUGCCAGAACAAUUUUCAAAGCUAGCCGCCUCACGCAUGGAGCAGAGUACCAGUUCCGCAUCUAUGCAGUCAACCGUUAUGGAAAGAGUCCAUAUCUGGAUUCACCUGGAAUCACUGCUCAGUAUAACUUCAAACUACCUGGACCUCCUUCCACACCUAUAGUAAGGUUUGCCUCCAAGUCUAACAUGUUGGUGAUUUGGAACGAGCCAGUCAGUGAUGGUGGCAGUCCUGUUCUGGGCUACCAUCUGGAGAGGAAGGAGCGCACUAGCAUUCUUUGGACAAAGAUGAACAGAGGAAUGAUCAAAAAUACAGAAUACAAAGUUAACGGACUUGAAGAGGGUAUGAUGUAUGAAUACCGUGUCUAUGCUGAAAACAUUGCUGGUAUUGGUAAAUGCAGCAAAGCUUGUGAACCUGUGGCAGCCAGAGAUCCAUGUGAUCCUCCAGGCACCCCUGUGGUCAUCGCUGUGUCCCGAACAUCUGUCUCCCUCUCUUGGGAUAAACCAGAAUAUGAUGGAGGAGCUAAGGUUUCUGGCUACGUUAUUGAACGCAGAGACCUCCCUGAAGGACGCUGGACAAGAUGCAACUUUACCAAUGUGCCAGAAACCCACUAUGAUGUGACAGGCCUCACAGAAGACAGUCAGUAUGACUUCCGUGUCAUUGCUAAGAAUGCAGCUGGACUUUUCAGUGAACCAUCUGACAACACCGGCUCCAUCACAGUGAAGGAUGACGUUGAACCUCCACGCAUCAUGAUGGAUGUGAAGUUCAGAGAGACAGUGUUUGUGAAAGCAGGUGAAACUCUUAAGAUUAACGCUGACUUUGCUGGACGCCCUGCACCAGUCAUUUCCUGGACCAAAGAUGGCAAAGAGAUUGAGCUGAGAGCCAGAAUCCAGAUCAUUUCUACAGAUAACAGCACAUCUGUCAUUGUUAAGGACUGUAUCAGAAGCGAUUCUGGACAGUAUGCCCUGACUCUGCAGAACAUUGCUGGUCCAGUGUCCAUGCCUAUAAACUGUGUGGUCAUUGAUAAGCCUGGACCCUCAGCAGGACCCCUGCAGAUCCUGGGUCUCACAGCUGAGGAGUGCACUCUGUCAUGGGGUCCUCCUCAGGAGAUUGGUGGUGCUGCUAUCACACAUUACGUUGUUGAGAAGCGUGAGACCAGCCGUUUGGCGUGGACACUGGUGAAGGGAGACAUCACAAAAACUUACCUCAAAGUCAAAGGACUGCUGAAGGGCAAUGAAUAUAUGUUCAAGGUUUUGGCUGUCAACAAAUAUGGAGUUGGUGAGGCUCUGGAAAGUGAUGUUGUAAAGGUUACAGACCCUUACACUAUUGCCACUGCCCCGGUUGGUGUUGAUGUCACUGCCAUAACUGGAGAUUCAAUGACUCUUACCUGGUGCAAGCCGGCCAGUGAUGGAGGCAGCCCCGUAACAGGGUAUGUGAUUGAGCGCCGCGAGAAGACAGGCAUGCGCUGGGUUCGUGUGAACAAAGAUCCAGUUGUUGAAUGUACUGGUGUAGCUACCAAACUGCGCAAAGGUUGUGAAUAUGACUUCAGAGUCUGUGCUGAAAAUGCUGCUGGUCUGAGUCUCCCAAGUGAACCAUCUGCAACAUUCAGAGCCACGGAUCCUCUGGUCGUUCCUUCUCGCCCAACCAAACCAAAAAUUGUCAAUUCAACCAAGGACACUGUGUCCAUUAUGUGGAAGCCACCAACAGAUGAUGGUGGUGCUCACAUCCUUGGAUACAGUGUAGAAUACAGAGACUACAUCCACAAGCCAGCUCCAGAGGCUGCAGAAGAGGAGGAAGAAUAUGAGGAGGAAGAGGAGGUACCUGAGUCUCCUGAAGACUUAGCAAGAUGGGUUGAGGUCAUCCCACUAACGAAAAGCUUGGAAUUCACAAUUACAGGACUGAAGAUGAGUACAGAGUAUGAGUUCUGUGUCAAGGCAGUAAACAAAGUUGGCAGUAGUGUGCGUAGCCCAUGUUCAGAUGCUGUUGUAGUAAUGGACAGAACUGCAGAGCCAUCCUUUGAUGUCGACAUUGAGCUGCGUAAAUUACUUAUUGUUAAACAUGGGACAGCUUUUACGCUUAAUGUACCAUUCAAGGGCAAACCUGUGCCCUCAGUGGGAUGGGCCAAGGAGGGUGUUGAUCUUAAAGUCAGAGGAACAAUUGAGUCAACAGAUUCCAACACUAAGUUGACUAUUGAGAAAUCAACUAGAAAUGACUCUGGAGAGUAUUGUGUCACAAUCGAAUCACCACUGGGAAAAGCAACACUACCUAUGGUCGUCAAGGUGCUCGACUCUCCUGGACCCCCUAUCAACGUUAAAGUUUCAAUGGUAACAAGGGACUCUGCCACACUCACAUGGGAGGCUCCAGAGAAUGAUGGUGGUGAUCCAGUGAAGGCCUACCAUGUUGAAAAACGUGAGGCCAGUAAGAAGGCCUGGGUGUCAGUAACCAGCACCUGCCGCACACUGACUUAUAAGGUGGAAGACUUACAGGAAGGCGCCAUCUAUUACUUCAGAGUUAUCGGAGAAAAUGAGCAUGGCUUGGGUGUUCCCCAGGAGGCCAAGGCUGGAACCAAGAUCACAGAGGUACCAAGUCCACCCAUGAAACUUGGAGUUGCUAAUGUCACCAAGGACAGCGUCACCAUUGCUUGGACACGACCAGAAUACGAUGGUGGCAGCAGAGUUAAAGGUUAUGUUAUUGAUGCUCUGGAGAAGGGACAGACGAAGUGGGUGAAGUGCGCCACUGUGAGGACCAUGACUCACACCAUCAAAAGUCUCAGGGAGUGUGCUGAGUACUUCUUCAGAGUACGUGCUGAGAACCACGCUGGACUCAGUGAACCUAAGGAGAUGAUCGUACCAGUUAUUGUCAAGGAAAUAAAAGAGGCUCCAGAGUUUGAUCUGAAGAACUACCCCAAGAACACAGUUUAUGUUAAAGCAGGAUCCAACCUUACCUUUGACAUUCCACUCACUGGCAGGCCCACACCUAAGGUGACUCUGUCCAAGAACAACGUGGUCAUCAAAGGAUCCACCAGGCUGCUGGCAGAAGUAACACCAGACAGCUUAAUCAUUACUCUGAAUGAAAGCAUCGCAAGUGAUGCUGGCAAAUACGAAGUAACUGCCUCAAAUGCAGGAGGUACCACAAAGAUUUUCAUCAUCUUCAUCGUGUUGGACAGGCCUGGGCCUCCUAUUGGUCCAGUUGAGGUUGGAGAUAUCGGAGAGACCACAGUCUGUCUGAAAUGGGCUCCUCCAGACUAUGAUGGUGGCAGUCCUGUUACUAACUACAUUGUUCUGAAGCGUGAAACCAGCACUCCCUCCUGGGAGGAGGUAUCGACCAACAUCGCAAGAAGCUCCAUCAAAGUGACCAAGCUGACAAAGGGGGAGGAGUAUCAGUUCAGAAUCAAAGCUGUGAAUCGCAAUGGUGUCAGCGACCAGCUUGACAGCAAAUCUAUCAUGAUCAAGCUUCCAUACACUGUCCCGGGACCUCCAUCCACACCAUGGGUUGGCUUUGUGUCCAGAGAGACACUUACCAUCUGCUGGAAUGAGCCAGUCAAUGAUGGUGGAAACCCCGUAAUUGGAUACCAUCUCCAGAUGAAGGAAAGGACCAGCAUCCUCUGGCAGAAGGUCAAUAAGACGGCAAUCACAGGAAACCAGUGGCGCAUAACAAAAAUCUGCCCUGGUCUCUUCUACGAAUUCAAAGUGGCAGCUGAAAAUGCCGCUGGUAUUGGAAAACUGAGCAAGACGUCUGAAGAGGUGCUUGCAAUUGACGCCUGCGAGCCCCCAGCAAGCGUACGCAUCACAGAAGUCACUAAGAACUCGGUCAGCCUGGCCUGGCAGAGGCCUCCAUAUGAUGGUGGCAGCAAGAUCACUGGCUACAGUGUAGAGAGAAGAGAAGCUCCCAGUGGAAGAUGGGUGAAGGCCAACUUCAGCAACAUCAUUGAUUUGGGCUUCACUGUUUCUGGACUGAGCCAGGAUGAAUCUUAUGAAUUCCGAGUGUACGCCAAGAACACUAUUGGGUCUGUCAGCAAUCCAUCUCUGAUUGCUGGCCCAGUCACAUGUGUGGAUGCAUGUGGAGCUCCGGCCAUUGACCUUCCUCCAGAAUAUCUGGAUGUGGUCCAGUACAAAGCUGGAGCAUCAGUAAAGCUCAGCGUUGGAAUCAUCGCCAAGCCCCUGCCAACCAUCGAGUGGCUGAAGGAUGGAAGGGAGCUGGUACAGACCUCAACUCUGUCGGUGGAAAGCACAACAGAUUCCUCAGCUGUGGUGAUUAAGGAUGCAACCCGCUCUGACACUGCGUCAUACGAGGUCAAGAUCAAGAAUGUUCUUGGAUCAGCCUCUGCAACCAUCAGGAUUGAAAUCCUGGACAAACCUGGACCCCCCACUGGCCUUAUCAACUUCAACUCCGUCACAGCAGACAGAAUUAUCUUCAGCUGGGAACCUGUGCCUGAGUCUGACCAGGGAGGUUCCAAGGUGACCCACUACAUUGUUGAGCGAAGGGAAACCAGCCGAGUUGUCUGGUCUACGGUUUCAGACAAGCAUGAACAGACACACAUCGCUGUUGGAAAGUUAGGACGUGGAAAUGAAUAUGUUUUCCGCGUCAUGGGUGUGAAUAAGUUUGGAGUGGGAGAAGCACUGGAAUCAGAGCCCGUCAUCGCCAAGAACGCCUUUGUAACUCCUGGUCAGCCCCAAACUCCAGAGGUAAACAUCAUCACCAAGUCCACCAUGGUGGUGCAAUGGGACAAACCAGGUGUAGAUGGAGGAAGCACUGUGACUGGCUACUAUCUUGAGAGACGCGACAAGAGGAGCCUGCGAUGGAUCAGAGUCUACAAAGACCCCAUCACUGAUAUCAAACAGACUGUGUACCACCUGACUGAAGGAAAUGAGUACCAGUUCCGUGUCUGUGCCAUCAACAAGGCUGGAGAGGGUCCGUUCUCUGAUGUCUCUGACUUCUAUAAAGCCGCUGACCCAGUUGAUCCACCAUAUGAGCCACGCAAGAUGAAGGUGGUGGAUUCCACCAAGACCUCCAUCACCCUGGGCUGGUCCAAGCCAGAAUGGGACGGAGGCAGUGAGGUCACCAGCUACAUGGUGGAGAAGCUUGUGGAGGGAGAGAGUGAAUGGGCCAUGAUUUCCUCCAAGGGAGAGGUGAAGACGACAGAGUACACAGUUCAUGACCUAAAACCAGAUGUCAACUACUUCUUCAAGGUUUCUGCUGUGAACUGUGCUGGACGCGGAGAUCCUCUGGAGAUGACUGAGCCUGUGCAGGCUAAAGAUAUCCUGGAGGAGGCCCAGAUUGACUCAGACGUGGCCAUGAGGACUCACUACAUUGUGAAGGCUGGAAAGGAUGUGGAGCUGUGUGUUCCCCUGAAGGGCAGACCUGCUCCCACUGCUUCUUGGAGUAAAGGAGAUGAAUGCAUCGAUCGCAACCACAAGUACGAGUUCCACCACUCAGACACAAGCACUGUUCUUGUGAUGCGUGAGGUGACCAGACUGGACACUGGAAAGUACACAGUCAAGAUAGAGAAUAGUGUGGGAGAGCCAAAGACACUGACCCUGUCCGUAAAGGUCCAGGAUACCCCAGCUCAGUGCAGAAACCUGGUCCUGAAAGAGGUGACACGUGGUAAGGUGACUCUGUGUUGGGAGCCUCCUCUCCUCGAUGGCGGUGCUGAGAUCACCAACUAUAUUGUCGAGAAGAGGGACUCCUCCAAGAGAUCCUACUCUGCAGUGAUGAGCAAAUGCACAGAGACCACAUACACCAUUGAAGACCUCUCUGAGAAGACUCCUUACUUCUUCCGUGUGCGAGCCGAGAAUGAGAACGGUGUUGGUGAUCCUUGUGACACACUGGAGCCUGUGAAAGCCACAGAGACUCCAGGACCAGUCAAGGAGGUCUCCAUGAAGGACUCAUCAAAGACGUCUGUCACUCUGCAGUGGCUGAAGCCUGAUUAUGAUGGUGGAAGCAUCAUUUCUGACUAUGUCAUUGAGAAGAAGCUGAAGGGUGAGGAGUGGUCACUGGGAGGAACCAGCAGACAGUGUGAGUUUGAGGUCAAGAAACUCAAAGAGCAUUCAGAAAUGUUCUUCAGAGUCGCUGCAAGGAACGAUAAGGGACAAGGUGAUUUUGUUGAGAGUGGACCAAUCAAAGUCAUAGACUACAUCAUCACGCCUGAGGCUUGCCUCACUGAGUAUCCAGAUGGCAGAAUCAGCGUCCGUCUGGGUCACAAUGUGCACAUCGAGCUGCCAUACAAAGGCAAACCCAGACCUGCGAUUCUGUGGCUGAAAGACAAUCUUCCUCUGAAGGAGAGUGACCAGGUUCGCUUCAAGACGACCGAAAACAAAGCCACGCUGACAAUUAAGAACGUGACAAAGGAGAACGAGGGUAAAUACACUUUGACUCUAGACAACAAGGUCAACAGGAGAUCAUUCCACAUUCAUGUCAUUACUCUUGGACCGCCAUCAAAGCCUGUUGGACCCAUCCGGCUGGAUGAAGUGAGAGCUGAGAGCAUCAUGAUCUCCUGGGAUGAGCCGAAUGACGAUGGUGGCGGCGAUAUCACCUGCUACUCUGUGGAGAAGCGUGACACCUCCCAGACCAACUGGAAGAUGGCUUGCUCCAGUGUAGUAGAUACUCAGUUUAGAGUCGCCAACCUGAUCAAGGGCAUCCAAUACCAGUUCAGAGUUUGUGCCGAAAACCGAUAUGGUGUCAGCGAGCCUCUGGUCUCACAGAUGGUCAUUGCCAAACACCAAUUCAGGCCUCCAGGUCCACCAGGCACACCUUUUGUUUACAACAUCACUAACGACGGAAUGACCAUCCAGUGGGAGAAGCCCAUCUAUGAUGGUGGUACCCCCAUCCAGGGCUACCAUGUGGAGAAGAAAGAGAAGAAUAGCGUCAUGUGGCAAAAGGCAAACACCAUGCUGAUCAAAGAAACAGAUUACAGGAUUCAAGAGCUCAUUGAAGGUCUGGAGUACUCCUUCAGAGUCUACGCCCAGAAUGAUGCUGGCUUCAGCCGAAUGAGUGACGAGAGCAAGUCCACCAUGGCUGUCAGUCCUGUUGAUCCUCCUGGUCAGCCUGACUACACUGAUGUGACCAGUGACUCCGUGACACUGAAGUGGGAAGCACCCAAACGUGAUGGUGGCAGCAAGAUCACCGGCUACACCGUUGAGAAACGCCAAGGUCAAGGUCGCUGGUUCAAGGCCAACUUGACCGACGUGCACGAUUGCCUCUACACUGUCACUGGUUUGGCAACAAAUGAACGCUACGAGUUCAGAGUCAUUGCCAGAAAUGCCAUCGGUGUUGUCAGCCCGCCCUCCAACUCCUCUGGCUUGAUUGUUGUUAGAAGUGAGAACGCUUCUCCAAACAUCGAGUUUGGUCCAGAGUACUUUGAGGGUUUGACAGUCAAGGCAGGAGACAACAUCCGGCUGAAGGUAACCAUCACUGGGCGUCCAGUUCCCAAAGUCAUCUGGUUCAAAGAUGGUGUGCAGGUCACUAAAAGGAUGAUGGACAUCGUCAAUAUUGCUGGAUCCAGCACUGUGUCUGUCAGGGAUGCUGAUCGUACACACAGUGGCCUCUACACUGUGGAGGCAACUAACGGAUCUGGAACCAAGAAGGAGAAAAUCCUUGUUCAAGUGCAAGACACACCUGGGGAGCCAGUGGGACCUAUCACCUUCACAAAUAUUUCAGAAGGAAGGUGCACUCUGUCAUGGAGCCCACCAGAGAACAAUGGCUGCUCAGAAAUAACCCAUUACAUCAUUGAAAAGCGAGAGACCGCCAAGAUCUCCUGGGCCUUGGUAUCAGAUGAAUGUAAGACGACCACUUUCACUACAACCAAGCUCAUCAAGUCCAACGAGUACCAGUUCAGGGUCUCUGCCAUGAACAAGUUUGGAGUUGGCAGACCUUUGGAAUCCAGCCCCAUCAUUGCCCAGCUGCAGUACACUACUCCUGAUGCUCCAGGAACUCCUGAAGCCACUGAGGUGAGUGGAGAAAGCAUCACCCUCUCUUGGGCUCCUCCAACAUCAGAUGGAGGAAACCCCAUUCAGUCCUACAUCGUGGAGAAGAGAGAAAAGAAGACUGUUCGGUUCUACAAGGUGAUCACCAAGAAGCCCAUCAUCGAUUGUGCUCACAAGGUGCUUCACCUGACAGAGGAUUUGGAAUAUGAGUUCCGUGUCAUGGCUGUCAAUGAUGCCGGCAUUGGUGCUUUUAGUAACAUCUCUUUGCCAAUCAAAGCCGCUGAGCCAAAGGAUAUUCCUUGUGCUCCAUCUGUAGUCUGUGUGUCCGACUCCACCAACACAUCCAUCAGUCUGGAAUGGAGCAGACCUGCGGAUGAUGGUGGCAUGGAGGUCCUGGGCUACAUCAUUGAGAUGGUGAAGGGAGAUGAGCCAGAGUGGACAAGAGCAAACAAGGAGCUGGUUCCAGAAACAAACUAUACGGUAACAGGUCUUCAUACGGGAGCUGAUUACAGAUUCCGUGUUGCAGCUGUCAAUCAUGUGGGUAGAGGUGAGGAGAAGGAGACUCCAGAGCCGGCCCAGGCUGUAGACCGACUUGCUCCACCACUAGUGGACAUCGAUGCAUCGUUCAGGCAGACACACAUUGUCAAGGCAGGAGGUUCAGUGUGCCUCGGCAUCCACUUCCGAGGAAAACCCGUUCCCACUGCCACCUGGGUAAAAGAGGAAGGUGAGCUGGGUGUCAUGUCUGAGAUCAUGACCACAGAUGGCUACACUUCUCUGAGCAUUGACAACUGCUCAAGAAAUGAUUCAGGCAAAUACACCGUGAACCUAGAGAACACCAGCGGCAGUAAGGCUGUAACAUUCACUCUAAAGGUGAUGGACACCCCUGGACCUCCACAGAACAUUGUAUUCAAGGAGGUAACCAGAGGCUCAGUAAAACUUGCCUGGGAGCCUCCUCUCAAUGAUGGUGGAGCUAGAAUCCAUCACUAUAUUGUUGAAAGGCGUGAGGCUUCCCGCCGCACCUGGCAGCAGUCUGGUGGUAAGUGCACAAAGCACACCCUGAGCAUCCAGGACCUGUUGGAGGGAGUACCAUACUUCUUUAGAGUCUCAGCCGAGAACCAGCACGGUGUUGGCGAGGCAUUUGAAAUGACAGAACCCGUCAUUGCCACUGCAGAGCCGGCAUCUCCAAAGAGAAUGGAUGUGCUGGAUACCACUGACAGUUCCGUGGUCCUUGGUUGGAUGAAACCUGAACACGAUGGUGGCAGCCGUAUCCAGGGCUACAUCAUUGAAGCAAAGAAAAAGGGUACAGACAAGUGGAUUGUGGCUGGUAACACCACUAAUCUUUUCUAUGUGGUUGAAAGGCUCAACAAGGGUGACGAAUAUGACUUCCGUGUGAAGGCUAAGAAUGAAUCUGGCUCCAGCAAACCCAGGGAAACGUUGGCAUCCGUGCUGGUCAAAGAGCCUCACAUCGAACCUGCUGCCGACCUCAGUGAGAUCGCCAACCAGCUGAUCACAUGCAAUUCUGGCAGCACCUUUAUCAUCGAUGUUCCUAUCAGUGGUAGACCUGCUCCUAAAGUCACCUGGAAGCUGGAGGAAAUGAGGCUGAAGAACUCUGACAGAGUCACCAUCAAAGUCGCUAAGGACCGAACCAGCAUCUCCGUUAAGGAGGCCAUGAGAGGAGAUGGUGGGAAAUACUACCUGACUCUGGAGAAUGUGACAGGUAGCAAGACCUUCACCAUUGAAGUUAAUGUCACAGGUAGACCCAGUCCUCCAAGUGGACCAAUUGAAAUCACAUCCAUCACCUCUGAGUCCUGUGUCAUGAACUGGCAACCACCCGAAGAUGAUGGCGGCACUGAUAUCACCAACUACAUAGUGGAAAAGCGCGAGUCUGGUUCCACUGCCUGGCAGCUGAUCAACUCCAGUGUGAAGCGCACAUCUCUUCACGUCAGCCACCUGACCAAGUAUAUGCAGUACACAUUCAGAGUGUCUGCAGAGAACAGGUUUGGGGUCAGUAAACCUGCCGAGUCUGAGACCAUCGUCGCCGAACAUCCAUUCACGCCUCCUGGUCCACCAACCAGACCUUCAGCGUUCAAUAUAACUGCUAACACAAUGACCCUGAAGUGGGAGGAGCCUUACCAUGAUGGUGGUAGCAAAGUGACGGGAUACUGGAUCGAAAAGAAGGAGAGGAACAACAUCCUGUGGGUGAGGGAGAAUAAGAUCCCUUGCUUUGAGUGUUACCACAAGGUGGAGGAUCUGGUGGAAGGCCUGGAAUACCAGUUCAGGGUUUAUGCCAUGAACAGUGUUGGACUGAGCAAAGCCAGUGAGGCCUCAAAGGGUGCAGUCGCUCAAAACCCAGUUGAUCCUCCAAGUAAACCUGAAGUCACAAACGUUACAAGAAGCACAGUCUCCCUUAAAUGGUCAGCUCCACUUAACGAUGGCGGCAGUCCCAUUGUGGGCUACAUAAUCGAGCGUAAGCCGUACACUUUGACCGGCGAAGGCCGCUGGCUCAAGUGUAACUACACCAAUGUGACAGACCAGUUCUACACAGUUACGGCUCUGGGAGAAGGAGAGCCCUACGAGUUCAGGGUUAUCGCCAAGAAUGCCAACCAGGUCUUCAGUAUGCCUUCACUGUCCACAGGCUCUGUACAGUGCAAGACUGACUUUGAGCCUCCAAAAGCUCAGCUCGACAGCAAACUCAUGUCUGAGACUGUGAGGGUCAGGGCUGGUUCAGACCUGGUCCUGGAUGCUGCUGUAGGAGGCAGACCGGACCCCAAGGCUUCCUGGUCCAAGGGCAACAGGGAACUGGACAUGUGUGAGAAGUACCAUCUGCAGUACACCUCGACACGGGCCAUGGCCAUCAUCAAGUUCUGUGACAGAGAUGACACCGGAAAGUACAUCCUGACGGUCCGAAAUGUGAGUGGAACCAAGACUGCUGAGGUCAACGUAAAAGUGCUCGACACACCCGGAGUGUGUGAAGGCAGCAUUAGUAUCAGUAAAAUCACUGAGGAGUCGUGCACCUUGAGCUGGAAUCCUCCGCUGGAGGACGGUGGUGAUGAGGUUUCCCACUUUACUGUGGAAAGGCGCGACACCAACAGGCUCAACUGGGUCAUCAUGCAGGCAGAGUGCAAGGAGGUAACCUGCAACAUCACUGGCUUGUUCAAGAACACAGAGUACCUGUUCAGAGUCCGGGGAGUCAACAAAUACGGCGCUGGAGUCCCUCUGCAGUCAGAACCCAUGAUCGCCAGAAACACUUUCACUGUGCCAUCUCCUCCUGGAGCUCCAGAAAUCCUGGCAUCAGGAAAAGACUUUGCCACCAUCGGGUGGCUGAAGCCCGAGAGUGAUGGUGGCAGCCCACUGACCCACUACCUGGUGGAGCGGCGUGAAAGGAAAAGUGCCCGUUGGGUGAAGGUGAACAGGGAUGGAAGUUACCUGGACACCACUUUAAAGGUGUCUGGUUUGACUGAAGGCAACAUCUACCAGUUCAGAGUGACCGCCAUCAACAAGGCCGGAGAUAGUGAGCCCAGCGACGUUUCUCUGUACAUCGUCUGCAGAGUUCCCACAAGCACCCCAGCUCCUCCUUCUAUCCCUCGUAUCACCGACACCCAUUCUGACAGCAUCAGCCUGGCGUGGUCCCGUCCAGUGGAGGACGGAGGAGCUGAUGUGAUUGGAUACAUCCUGGAGAUGCAUGAAGCCGGAACAGAGGAAUGGAAGAAGGCUCACGAGAAGACACUGCGUAGUCCAGAGUACAAUGUGACUGGACUUUCUGCUGGAAAGAAAUACUGCUUCAGAGUGGCCGGCAUCAACAUCAACGGCACCGGAGACUUCAGUGAACCGUGCGCUGAGACUCAGCCAGUUGAGAGGAUUGAAAUUCCCGACUUUGAGCUCCAUGAUGACCUAAAGAAGACCAUCUGUCUGCGGGCCGGUGGCUCACUUCGCCUUUUUGUCAACAUCAGUGGUCGUCCUAGUCCAGCCAUCACUUGGAACAAACCAGGUGUUGACCUCCACAACAGAGGUUUCAUCGAGAUCACCAACAAAUCCACUACACUCAUUAUCGAUAAAGUUCAUCGCUAUGAUGCUGGCAAGUACACGCUCAUCGCAGAGAACUCUGCCGGCAAACAGGAAGUCAACAUUCUGGUCAAGGUCUAUGAUACUCCGGGACCAACUGGGCCACUUAAGAUCAGGGAGCUGACUAAAGACUCGGCCACCAUCUCUUGGGAAGCCCCAACUGUCGAUGGCGGUGCUCCCGUCAACAAUUUCAUCAUUGAGAGGCGUGAAGCUUCUAUGAGAGCCUACAAGACCGUCACCUCCAAGUGCAGCAAAACGUCCUACAAGAUUGACGGCCUGAUGGAGGGCAUGCUCUACUACUUCCGGGUAAUGCCUGAGAACAUUUACGGAAUUGGAGAACCCUGCGAGCAUCCCGAUGCUGUCCUGGUUUGCGAGGUGCCUCUGUCACCUCAGAAACUGGAGGUGAUGGACGUCACAAAGACCUCUGUGACUCUGGGCUGGGAGAAGCCUGAGCACGAUGGAGGCAGCCGACUGACGAACUACGUCAUUGAGGCCUGCAAGUUUGGCACAGAUAAGUGGAUGAAGGUGGCCACACUGAAGCUCACAGACUUUGAGCACACCAUUGAAAAGCUUAACGAGCAUGAACAGUACCUGUUCAGAGUCAAAGCCGUUAACAGCAGAGGAGCCAGUGAACCCAAAGAGCUUCUCACACCCGUCACUGUUCAGGAACAGAGAGUUAUGCCCAUUGUGGACUUCUCCACUAUUCCUCAGAAGAUUGUCAAUGUCCUUGCCGGUAAGACUCUAGAAUUGGACCUGCCCAUCAUCGGCCGGCCUCCUCCUGUCUGUGCUUGGUACUUGAAUGACAACAGAAUCAAAAUUACCGACCGUGUCAAGAUCAAGAGCAGCGGCAAAUUUUCCAAACUCACAAUGUCCAACACCACCAUUGAUGACAGCGGUGACUAUGUGCUGGAAGUGAAGAAUGCAGUUGGCAUCAUCACUGAGGUCAUCAAGGUCAUCAUCCUGUCUAAACCUGAUGAACCAACGGGACCAAUAAGAUUUGAUGAGAUAGACGCUACCACAGUCACCUGCAGCUGGGAUCCUCCAGCCAGAGAUGGCGGAGCACCCAUCAGUGGUUAUGUGGUAGAGCAGCGUGAUGCCCACAGACCAGGCUGGGUGCCCAUUUCUGAAGCUGUCAGCCGACCAACAUUCAAGUUUGAGAACCUGAUCGAAGGAGAUGAGUACGUCUUCCGUGCUGCUGCUGUGAAUCGCUAUGGCACUGGAGAGUUCCUACAGUCAGAAAUCGUCACCUGCAAGAGCUUGAAUGAUGUACCUGGACCUCCCGGGCGUCCCACUGUCUUUGAUGUGUCUCGUGAUGGCAUGACCGUGGCCUGGAACCCACCAGAAGAGGACGGCGGCCUGGAAGUUUCUGGAUACAUCAUAGAGCGCAAAGAAGUCAGGUCUGACCGAUGGGUACGCGCUAACAAGAACCCGAUCACCAUGACCAGAUACAGGUCAACAGAGCUGAUCGAGGGUCUGGAAUAUGAACACAGAAUCACUGCCAUCAAUCCCCGAGGCAUGAGUAAACCAAGUCUCCUAUCUAAACCAGCAGUGGCAGCAGAUCCCAUUGAUCCACCUGGGUGUCCUCAGAACCCAAGGAUCACCGAUACUACGAAGUCCUCUGUGUCACUGGCAUGGAGUCCACCUGACGAUGAGGGAGACGCAAGGGUGGACGGUUACCUGAUUGAGAUGCAGAAGGUGGGCACAUUGUCCUGGAUCAAGUGCAACACAACACCAUCUCUGAUCUGCGAGUACACACUGACCAACAUGCCGCAAGGAGAGGAGUUCAAAUUCCGUGUGAUGGCCUGUAACGCUGGUGGCUCUGGAGAGCCUGCUGAAGUACCGGGAACUGUUAAAGUGACCGAGAUGCUUGAAUCUCCUGAUUUCGAGCUGGAGCUGAAGUACAAAGAUGUGUAUGUGGUUCGCCAGGGUGGAGUCGUCAGACUCUCUUUGCCCAUCAAGGGUAAACCUCACCCAGUCUGCAAAUGGUCCAAGGAUGGUGGUGCUGUCUCCACAAUGGCCAUGAUUGCCUCCACCGAGGACACCAGUGAACUGGUGAUCAAGGGAGCUGAGAGGAGUGACUCUGGUGAAUACAACCUCCUGCUGGAGAAUAGGGUAGGCAAGAAGAAAGCUCAAAUCAAGGUGAAGGUCAUCGGGCGGCCAAGUGCUCCAGAGGGACCACUGGUGUUUGAGGAGGUUCAGGCUAACUCUGUCAAGGUGUCCUGGAAGGCACCAACUGAUAACGGUGGCUCAGAGCUGUUGGGCUACAUUGUUGAAAGACGUGAAGUGGCCAGAAACGCCUGGUAUACCGUUGACUCCAGAGUGACUGACACUCACUUGGUUGUCAAAGGCCUGAAGGAGGGAACAGAGUACCACUUCAAGGUCACAGCUGAGAAUGCCUUCGGUAUCAGCAGCUCUCUGAAGUCAGAGCAGCCACUGGUGCCCAAGACUCCUCUCUGUCCUCCUGAGCCUUCAAGCACCCCACCAGAAAUCAUGGACAUCACCAAGAGCUCUGUGGCUCUAGCCUGGUCCAGACCAAAGGAUGACGGAGGUUCUGCCAUCACUGGGUACUUUGUUGAGUUCAAGGUGGUGUCUGCUGAGACGUGGUCCCGCCAUGAGACCAAAAUUACCUCCACCAUGUUCACUCUGCAUGGACUUACUCCCGAUGCAGACUAUCAGUUCCGCAUUGUUGCUGUCAACGACAUCGGGGAGAGUGAGGCUGGUCCUGCAUCUGACCUGGUCACAUGCAAGGAUCCAUUUGACAAGCCAAGCCAACCGGGUGAGAUUGACACUGAGGCUGUUACAAACAACUACAUCACAAUACGCUGGCAACCUCCAGAGUGCGAUGGUGGAAAGGAGGUCCUUGGCUACUGGGUAGAAUACAGGAAGUCCAUUGAGAGCACCUGGAAGAAGUGUAACAAGCAGAGGCUGAAAGAGAAGGAGUUCACCAUGCCAGGGCUGAAUGAGGCCACAGAAUACGAGUUCAGAGUGUUUGCUGAAAAUGAGACAGGAAUGAGCAGACCUAGAAGGACUACCACAUGCAUUAAGACCAAACAGAGCGCUGAAGCAAAACCAAGCCUGAGGAAGGAAAUGGAUGAAGUAACUGUCAAGCUUGGCCAGCCUGCUGUCAUGAAGUGCCAGAUUAUUGGCAGACCUGUCCCUGAAAUGAAGUGGUAUCAUGCUGGCAAAGAGGUCGUGGAGUCCCGCAAGUAUGCGAUAAGUUCCGACGGACGAAACCACUCCUUGUCCAUCAUGACUGACCAGCAAGAAGAUGAGGGAGAGUACACUUGCAAGGCCAUCAAUGAUGCCGGAGAAGCAGAAACCACCGGCGUCCUGGUUCUGGAGGCAGCUCCAUCCUUCCAUAGCGACUACCCACUGAAGGAAACCUACUAUGCUGGUCUGGGAACCACUCUGCGUAUCCACGCUGUCUACGUUGGACGCCCAGAGCCGAAGAUCAUGUGGCUGCAUGGAGCAAAGACACUGGAGAACACAGACGACAUCAGUAUUGAGACAACUGAGCAUUACACGCACCUGGUCGUCAAGAAUGUGCAGCGCAGAGUCCACGGAGGCAAAUACAGGAUCAGGCUGCACAACCACUUUGGCAGGGCUGACAUUGCAUUCAAUGUGGAGAUCUAUGACAAACCUGACAUACCUCAGGGUCCAAUAGUUCUGGAUGCUCUCCUGAAGAAUUCCGUCAUCAUCAGCUGGAAGCCUCCCAAAGACGAUGGCGGCUGCAUGAUCACCAACUACAUUGUUGAGAAGCGUGAGGACAAGGAGGGCACACAGUGGGAACUGGUGUCGUCAUCCAUCAACGGCACAUCGUGUCGCGUUCCUAACCUCAUUGACAGCGCCGGAUACUUCUUCCGUGUGUACGCCCAGAAUCGCUAUGGGAAUAGUGAACCAUUGGAGCUCACUUCACCUAUUCUUAUCAAGAGCCAGCUGGAGAAACCAUCACCACCUUUGUCACCUCUUGUGUCCGGAAUCACCAAGGACUCCUGCGUCGUUUCAUGGAAGCCUCCUCUCAGUGACGGCGGCUCCAAGAUCAAGAGCUAUUUCCUUGAGAAGAAGCACAAAAAGGACAAGAAGGAAUGGACCGACUGGACUCUAGUGACCACGGAUGAGAUCAAACAGACAGUGUUCUCCGUCAAGCGUCUGACAGAGGGCAUCCAGUACAUUUUCCGUGUAAAGUGCGAGAACCUUGGUGGACAGAGUGACCACAGCGAGGAGACGGCUCCCAUCAUCCCAGCCACAGCUGUUGAGAUCCGUGCUCCAGCCUUCAAGGAGGAGCUGAGGAACAUGAGUGUUAAGUACAAGAGCAAUGCCACUCUUGUGUGCAAGAUCAUAGGACAACCCAAGCCUGUGAUUAAAUGGUUCAGGCGAGGGAAGGAGAUCCAUUCUGAUGGAAAGAAAAUCAAGAUCCAGGAGUUUAAGGGAGGUUACCACCAGCUGGUCAUUACAGAGGCAGAUGAGGAAGACUCCACUGUCUACCAGAUCAGAGCCACCAACCAGGGAGGUUCAAUCUGUGCUACUGUCUCUUUGGAUGUUGAAAUCCCCGCUAAGAUCAACCUGCCAAAGAACCUAAAGGACAAGGAAGCCAUCCCUGCCCUGCGUGGAGAGGUGGUCAACAUCAAAAUUCCUUUUGGAGGAAAACCAGAUCCUGUCAUUACAUGGCAGAAAGGACAAGAUCUCAUUGACAGCAAUGGCCACUACCAGGUCAUUGUAACUAGGUCCUUCACUUCAUUGGUGUUCCCCAAUGGAGUUGAGAAGAAGGAUGCUGGGUUCUAUAUCGUGUGUGCCAAGAACAGAUUUGGCAUUGACCAACAGACAGUUGAGCUGGAUGUGGCCGAUGUGCCUGAUCCUCCACGUGGCCUCAAAGCCAGCGAAGUCUCCAGAGAUUCUGUCUCACUGAACUGGGUGGCACCAGCUAAUGAUGGUGGCAGCAGGGUCAUCAACUACAUCAUUGAGAAAUGCCCCACCACCGCUGAGAGGUGGGAGCGAGUGGUUCAGUCUCGUGACACCCGCUAUACUGUCACCAAUCUGUUUGGAGGAACCAGCUAUCAGUUCAGAGUCAUCGCAGAGAACAAGUUUGGACAGAGUGCACCAUCUGAGACGAGUGGACCUGUCAUGACUAAAGAGGACAAAUCCAGAGUUCUGCUCUAUGACAGGGAGGUCGAUGACACUGGACGUGUUCCCACGGGCAAAGCUCAACACACUGACGCUAAGAAUAUGCACAACAAAUAUGCUAUUGCUGAGGAAUUGGGAAGAGGUCAGUUUGGCAUUGUCCACCGCUGCGUUAGUGUCACCUCUGAGAGAACGUACAUGGCUAAAUUUGUCAAGGUCAGAGGUGCUGAUCAAGCAAUAGUCAAGAAGGAAAUUGCAACACUCAACCUGGCCAAACACACCAACUAUCUCCUCCUCCAUGCGUCCUUUGACAGCCCAGAGGAGUUGGUGAUGAUCUAUGACUUCAUCUCUGGUGUCGACAUCUUUGAGCGUCUCAGCACAUCUGAGUUUGAGUUUAAUGAGCGGGAGAUUGUUAACUACAUCAGGCAGAUCUGCUCAGCUGUUGAAUUCCUUCAUGCCCAGAGCUACGGACACUUCGAUAUCAGACCCGAGAACAUUGUUUACACGACCAGAACCAGCUCUAAUGUGAAGAUUAUUGAGUUGGGCCAGUCCAGACACCUGACGCCCGGAGAGAUAAUCAAGAUUCAGUAUACCACAGCAGAGUACGCUGCUCCUGAGAUCCACCAGUGUGACAUGGUCAGCUCCGUCACAGACAUGUGGUCAGUUGGUGUCCUUGCAUAUGUCCUCCUCAGUGGACUCAAUCCAUUCACAUCUGAAACCAACCAACAGAUGAUUGACAACAUCUCUAGUGCAGCCUAUAGUUAUGAUGACGAAUCCUUUAAACAGGUCAGUGUGGAGGCAUUAGACUUCACAGACCGCCUGAUGACGAAGGAUCGCAAACAUCGUAUGACUGCUGCCGAAGCUCUGGCGCAUCCUUGGCUCAUCAAGCCUGCAGAGGAGAUCAGCCCGAGAGCCAUUCCAACUGGUAGACAUAAGAGAUACUAUCAAGCAAUGGUGAGAAAGGAGUGGAGCACUGUUGUCUCUGCUGCCCGUGUGGCCAGUGGUGGCUCCAUCAGGUCCCAGCGUGGAGUCUUUGUCGCUAAAGUGAAGAUUGCUCCAUUUGAACAUGGUCCUCUUGCAGGCCAGGUUGGACAUGCAGUGGUGAAUGAAGGCGACAGUGUGAAAUUCAUCUGCCACAUUGACAACUACGACAGCACGACUGAGGUCACAUGGUACUGCGGCGUCAGACAGCUCGAGGCUGGUGACAAAUAUGAAAUUGAAUACGAGGACGACCUGGCUGUAAUCACCAUCAACCGAGUCACACGAGCAGACGAUGGCACUUACAGAUGUAAGGUUGUGAAUGAGUAUGGUGAAGACAGUGCCUAUGCAGAGCUGUUCAUAAAUGGUGUAAGAUCUUACCGGGACUUCUUCACCAACCGUGUGGUCAAGAGAACCAAACGCAGAGUGGAUACUGCCAGAAUGCUUCAGAAACCGCCCGAGUUUACCCUUCCUCUGGUCAACCGUACGGCUUACAUCGGCGAAGACGUGCGCUUCAGCGUCACCAUCACUGUUCACCCUGAGCCGCGUGUUAUUUGGCACAAAUCUGGACAGAAACUCAUCCCUGGACAAGAUGAAAGGAAAUAUACCUUCAUCAGCGACAAGGGUCUGUACCAGUUGAUCAUCCACAAACUUGAGAAUGAAGAUGACGCAGAAUACAGUGUUGUGGCUCGCAACAGGUUCGGUGAGGACAACUGCAAGGCUCGUCUCACCGUUGUUCCUCGACCUAAACCAGCAGAUCUGACCCUGAGGCCAAUGUUUAAACGUGUGCUAGCAAAUGUGGAGUGCAAGGAGGGCCAGAAUAUCCGCUUUGAGAUCAGAGUAUCUGGCCAUCCCACACUGAAGUGGGAGAAGGAUGGAACCCCUCUAGCCUUUGGACCAUCUAUUGAGGUUGUGCAUGAGGGUCUUGAUUACUUCAUCCUCCAUGUUAAGGACACUCUCCCUGAGGACUCUGGUGUGUACAGAGUUACUGCUACCAACUCUGCAGGAUCUGCCGGUUGCCAGGCCACACUCAAAGUCGAGCGUGUCACUCAUGUAAAGAAGGAAUAUGAGUUGUCUGAAAAAGAGAAAAAGCAGAUAGCUGGAAAGGAGGAAUUGGAGAAAAAGGUGAGGCUGGCUCAAAUUCUGUCUGACACUGUUGUUACACCUUUGCCACCUGCAGCCGUACAAGCUGUGAGAGAGGCCGCCACCAUGUUCAAACCUGCGGUGACAACAAAGAAGGGUGAGAAGACCAAGGCUGAGAUACAGAAAGAACAAGAGGAGAGGAAGAAACGUGCAGAUGAAAAGAGGUUGCGUAUGCCCUAUGUCGUCCCCACUCCUCGUGUCAUUAACCCAGCGGUUCUUGAGGAAGACGUGGAGAUAAAACACUUCAAGCCGUUCUCUGACAUGAAAUGGUACAAGAAAUUGCGUGAUCAGUACGAGUUCCCUGAGCCAAUGGACAAAAUCAAGCAGAAGAGGAUGAAGCGCAUUCGCCUCUCCAGGUGGGAGCAGUUCUACGAGGUGCCAAUCAGGAUCAAGGACCAGUACAAGCCUAAGUGGCGCAUCUCCUCCAUGACUCUGGAUGACUUAGAGACUGUGAGGCCUGCAAGGCAUCGCACUCCUUCCCCUGAGAUAGACGCAUACCACAGGAUCAGGAGGAGAUCCCUAGGUGACCUGUCAGAUGAGGAACUGCUGCUCCCUGUGGAUGAGUAUUUAUCCAUGAAGAGAACUGAGGAGGAGAGGCUUCGUCUGGAGGAAGAGCUGGAGCUUGGCUACUCUGCUUCUCCACCGAGCCUCAGCCCAGUUCGCUUUGAGCUGUCUGCCCUGCGCCCCUCAUCUCCCAGGAGAGUUUACAGCGAAGAUGAGGAGGGAGAAGAGAUUUAUAGAUAUGAUUCCUACAGAAUUCCAUCAAAGUACGAGGCUGGGCCAAGUUUCCUUGACCUGCGCCGGCGUCACGACAAAGCCACAUACAGACCUCCAAGACAAGGGGUAUACGAAGAGAGAGAGGAUCAGGAGCUGCUCCGCCCCCACAAAACUGCACAGAGAAUCUCAUCCUACAAGAAUGAACUUAAACGCAUUGAGUUUGAGGAGAAGACACGCACCUCUAAAAAGGAAACAACUUCCACUCUUGUGACCUUUUCUGAGGGCAUUGAAUCUGAGCAUCUGACCACCUUUACCUCCGAAUAUAUUGGCAAACCCAUUAAGAAGCUCCCAAUGCCUGAACCUGAGAGGAGAAGAUCUCCCACCCCAGACAGGUCAACGAGGACAGACAUUGCCCCUCCCAGAGUCGACUUUGCAUACAGGUAUGAGGAGAGGAAGCAAGCUCUGAGAUCAGAGAGAAGAUCCGUGGAGAGGAAAUUUGAGGUAGUGACACAGGCUCCUUUCAGCCUUGACCACGCCCCACGUAUCACCAUCAGGAUGCGAUCUCAUCGUGUACCCGAAGGCUCAAACACCCGCUUCACCCUGAAUGUCCAGGCCAAGCCCGACUCUGAGAUCACGUGGUUCCAUAAUGGAAAAGAGAUUUCUCAGAGCAGCAAAUACCACAUGACCAACAUCAGUGGAGUCCUAACCCUCCACAUCAUCAACUGUGUUAGUGAAGACGCUGGCACGUACCGUGUGGUUUGUAAGAACAUCAAAGGAGAAACUUCCGACUACGCCACUUUAGAUGUGGCUGCAGAAUAUGCAGCUUUCUCUUCUCUCCGAAAAGAUGAGGAACCUCCAUCCUCUCACCUGCCAGAAAUGACCAGAACUGAAGUGUAUCAUGUCUCAUCCUCUGAGACAAAGGAAGCUGUGAUCAAGACCAUGACAGAGACCACCACUGUUGUCGAGAAGCCCAAAGAGACGCCUAGGGAGACACAGAGGGAGACGCCCAGUGCUCCUGCUCAGAUUGUGAGCAAACCACAGUCUCUGACAGUCGAAGAGGGAGGCCUUGCCAGAUUUGAGUGUGAAGUGUCUGGUGAGCCAGUUCCUUCUAUCACCUGGAUGCGUGAAGGAGAGGUUGUUGGUUCUUCUGCUCGUCACCACAUUGUCUCUACUCAGUAUAACUCCUCCUUUGAGAUAUCUGCCGUUGAGAAGACGGAUGAAGGCAGCUACACACUGCUGGUGGAAAAUUCUGCAGGUAAACAAGAGGCUCAUUUCACUCUGACCAUCCGUAAAUCUGAGUCCAAGGAGAAAGUAGUCGCCCCUCCGAAAGUCACCACUCCAGAGGCCAAGUCUCCUCUUCCCAAGUCCCCUGAACCGGUCAAAUCUCCUCAGAGAGUCAAGUCCCCUGAGCCAGUCAAAUCUCCUCAGAGAGUCAAGUCUCCAGUCUCACCAAAAUCCCCAACACCAAAAUCCCCAACACCAAAAUCCCCAACACCAAAAUCCCCAACACCUAAAUCCCCAACACCAAAAUCCCCAACACCAAAAUCUCCAACUCCAUCUGAAAAGGAGCAAGGCUUAAACGGUUCCAAAAAAGUCCUGCAAAAGGAACUAACCUCUGAUGAAGAUGUAUCCUCCCACAGCCAAGUGUGUGAUACGACAGCCACCACCAGAUGCUCAGGUGCACCUGGUUUUGUGUUGCAGUCCAGGUCCCAGAAUGUGAACGAGGGACAAAGUCUCAAAUUCACAUGUGAACAUGCUGGAGAACCUUCAGCUGAAGUUGAAUGGCUGAAAGACGACAUGUCGAUAUUAUACACACCUGAUGUUCGACGGAGCCGCUCCGAAAACUGUUUCACUCUGGAGAUCCAUGACAGCGGGAAAGCUCUGAACCAGUUUGGACAAUGUUCUGCAACAUCGUCGCUCGAUGUCCUCAGUGUUCCUCCGAAGGUUGAAGCUCUUCCACGAGACGUCAGCACCGAGCCGGUGGCAGGACAGUUUUCUGGAGACCCCUCCCCCUCUGUCCGGUGGCUCCACGCCCUCAUGACCUCUCCAGUGAAGGAGGGCGGAGCUUACACCCUCCGAUUGUGCAACGAGUUUGACUCUGCAACUGUCGACGUCCACAUUCGGUCCAUGUAAAAAAAAUAAUCUUAAAUUUCUCCCGUUUCCUGAUCCAGAACCUUUUUAUUUAGCGAAUUAGCAUCAAGAAUCUAUGUGUCAAAGAUCUGGAUUUCUCUUCUUGUAAAUAUGAACUCUUUUUGUACCAAACGUGACAUUAAUUUAUGCAAAACUAGACUCUCGUCUAACGUUGUUAUAAAAUGUGCCAUAGUGGAUCAUGAUGACUUUCUUUGACAUGUACAUAAUGUAUAUAGCCGAAUUGAACGGUUAUGGGAAAUGUAUGCAUUGUUAUUUAUGACAAUAAUAUGAACUGAAACAGAAUGAAACUGAAUGAUGUUUAACAGGAGAAAGUUCCAUGAGGAACGAAUACCCUGUCAACCAGAAACUAAACUCUGCGCCUCAACGACCCGUUGAAGUCUAAGAUUGCCUCGGCAGGUAGAGAGGCUCCCUGCCGACGUUUGAACCUCAAACACCUGAAAGUUAUUGUUCGCACAUGCGAGUCUGCGUGUGAUGUUUCACUUUUCUUAUGAGUUGUACCGUGAGCGCGAGACCCUGAGCGCUGUGUGCAUGGCCCUCAUGUAAGCAGCGUGAACGGCCUCGCGCUCAGACUGACCGUGUCGUACCACCGCGAUCUGAUGACGUGCAGCGAGCGAGCGGCCUGCGCUCUCUGCACUUACGUACUUUUAUAAAAGGGUUCUGUUUCUGCGCGGCACGGCGGCGGAUUGGCUUUUCAAACACAACAUCACCUGACCGUAAAGCCAGCUCUGCCGCGCAGAUGCAGCGCCCUCUCCUGGAGGAUGUUGCGUGUUUGCGUGUUUGUAGCUGUAGUUGUUGCAGGUGUUUUGUGCCGUGUCAGCAGUGACUCUGCGUCCUGUGAUGCAGACGCCACGUUUCCUGCACUUUGGUUUGAUUCGUCUGUUGAUGUAGAACAAAUAUUUCCUCCUCCGAGUUUGAUGCAUUUCUGAUUUAAUAAAGCAUGAUUUCAGCA